ACGGCGGCAGAUUGGUCGUCAUCACCGCGCGCCAGCCUCUCUGGGAGGCCCCCUUCCCCCAAGAUGGCGAUGCUGGCAGAACGUGAGUAUGAAACCGGCUGAAAGGACGGCAGGGAGAGGAAUGAAGGCGCGGCGGAGCCCGCUCUUCGUCUCGCGGCCGUUGACGACGCCCCGUCACGCCAGGAGAGCCCCACUGGACCCGGCGUCCCCCCACCCCACCCCGCCCAGUCUCAGCCCCAGUCUCCUGCUCCCGACCGAGGACAGCCAGAUGCCUCCGGGGCAUAGCUGUCAACGUUUCCCUUUUCCUCAUCAUCAAUCUUUAUUACGGUCCAGAAACCCAACAAAUCGUUACAAAGCAAUGCACAAUUCAGACAGCCUACCUCCAGGUUAAACAAGCAUUUUGUUCAGACUUAAAGAUAGGGAUCAUUGGUUCUUGCAACCACCGAUAAAAACUUUGCCACUGCUAAUGUUCUAGCGUUUGUCCGGUCUUCCAAUAGGAACCUGACAUAGUGAGCCUCUGAUUUUCCCAGUUCAGCCCUGGCAUGCUCAUAUUAUUAUAGAAUCAAUGUCUUGAGCACACGAGCAAAGUCUGUCCUGGUAGGGAACUCCUCUCAACCUGCCAUCCAACACUGCAGAAGGAAAGACGUUUAGUCUAGCUUUGGUGAAAAGCCUUGGAUAGUUUGGUACUGGCAGGUUUUUAAUGUAAGAUGUUAACUUAAAGACAUGCCCAUAUUGUACUCCUACUGCUAGCGGGUACUCCUACUUUCUUUCGAGUAAUCCUAUUCGGAAUAAGGGAAUUUCCCUUUAAAAAAGGGAAAAGUUGACAACUAUGCUCCGGGGUCCUCGCUUCCAAGUAGGGUUGCCGCCUGCCCUGCAUAACUCAGAACUGCCCCAUAUUUCAGUAUAGAAUGCUGUGCGUCCUGUUUUGAGACAAAUUUUGUCCUGUAUUUCAGGCAGGGUGGAUGUGAUUUAAAUCAAAUCUAUUUAAAACACUAGUCAGUAAAUUUAAUUUUUCUUCUUCUUACAGAAAUACAUUCCUGCUGGUAUAAUCUUAAUACAGUGGUACCUCAGGUUACAUACGCUUCAGGUUACAGACACUUCAGGUUACAGACUCCGCUAACCCAGAAAUAGUACCUCAGGUUAAGAACAUUGCUUCAGGAUGAGAACAGAAAUCGUGCUCUGGCGGCGCGGCGGCAGCAGGAGGGCCCAUUAGCUAAAGUGGUGCUUCAGGUUAAGAACAGUUUCAGGUUAAGUACGGACCUCUGGAAUGAAUUAAGUACUUAAGCCAAGGUACCACUGUAUUUACAACCAGAUGAAGGUUUCAUUUUUGGAAUAAUAAAUUUCCAGAGUAGUUUUUACAGUUAUAUCAAAAACUACCGAUUUGGUUAUACUAUUAGAAAUAUAUAGGCAGAUAAUUAUGAAAUUAUUGCUAACUGUUUAUAUCUGGACAACUUUUCUGCUGUACUUUAUUGGAAGGAGAAGAAUAAUCAUUUCCUUAAUAGAAAUUUAAACAAUUUAUUUAACUAAAACAAUAACAUUAUAGCAUAUGUAUCCAUGUUUGUUAACUGAUGUGAUUAAACUUUUUUUAAAAAAAACAAACAAAACCCAACUUAGACUGAGUUUCAGCACACAGGAAAAACUUAAAACAAAUCCUUAUUUCCUGAUGAAUAGCCUUUGGACUACAAUGUAACUUAAAUAUAAAACUAUCUUUGGAAAGAUUUUUUUCCUCAAAAAGCAUUUUCUUUUUAAAAUCCAAUUUAAUUUUUAAAAAAAUCCGAUUUAAAGUGAUGGAUUGCUUUGGAGUCACUUCAGCACCAGAUUCGGGGGAAAAAAUAAAUCGUUCACCAACUCCCUACCCCACCCCACCCCGGCCUUGUCCUGUAUUUUGCCAGAACAAAGGUGGCAGCCCUACUUCCAAGGAAGGAAGUAGGAAACUGGGAAACAAGGGGAAAGUGGCUCAUUGAGGCCUGUGUUUUAUGACGUGCUUUUUGUGUACACUGCUCUGAUGUUUACGAGUCUGGUUUAAGAAGAUCCCUAAAAUUUAACAAUUUUUCCCGACUUGCUGACAAGCUGAAUAGGAGCAGCCCAUCCUUGUUGCGGGUUCAGUUCUUCUGGACACGUCAACUGGCAGUCAUUGCCACCUUGUGUAAGAGGUUCUGCUGCCUAUUCUUACUCUGCUUAUUUGUUUGCUCUGCAGUGCCCUAGCCCCUGUGUGAAUUUAAAAGCCUAGAGGCAGUUAGUGGAAGGGCAUCAUGGAAGGAGAAUGGUUUGUCAGUCCUGGCCAGGAGGGGAGAGGGAAGAGCAAGCCAGAGGGGAAAUUUCUUUUCCAACUUUGGGGCUUAAAUUAGCUUUCUCUCUCUUCUCAGCACGCAGGAAGCAGAAGUGGUCUGUGGAUCCCCGGAACAGCGCUUGGAGUAAAGAUGAAUCAAAAUUUGGCCAAAAGAUGUUGGAAAAAAUGGGGUGGUCAAAAGGCAAAGUAAGUCUGCAUAGCCAAAAAAUAUAUGAACGGUUCAGAAGUGUGUAUCUGCCUUGUGCAAGCCAGAAGGAGAUGUGCGCUGAGAUGUGUGACAACGCUUCUUUCGUAAGGAGAAGGGGUUACCCUGGGAUUGUAGAGCCAGUCACCGAGACGUGACUAACCACCUGAUCAGUCCCCAGCCAAGCCACUUGCAGCCUUCCCUUCCCUAGCCUUCCAUCUCCUCAGAUAGAAAUUGUGUUUUUCACCUGCUAAGUGAGUAACACAAACUGGUGAAUUGUUAUUUCCUUCUCUGACACACAGACAUAUGCAUGCAUGCACACACACACACACACACACACACACAGGUUUAAUGAAAUUUCAGCAGCUGGCAUUGCUUUGUGUUUAUGACUUUAGAAAUGCAUUUUUUAUAUUGCAUUUUUACACUGCUCCCAGCUCCCAUGGGAGGAAGGUCAGUAUGGAAAUGGAAUCCAUCACUGAAGGGUAGCUAACUCUGGCUCCAUCCAUCAACCAGGGGAUUCAGGGAUGCUGGUUGAUGUCUCUCUCUCUCUCUCUCUGUGUGUGUGUGUGUGUAUAUGAGUUUGGCAUGUGGUGUUAUCACUGUUACAACCUGUUGUAUGCCACCUUGGAAGGAACGCCAUUGAAAUGCAAGUUGGAAACCUUUUUGAGACAAAUAAAAUAAUUUGCAAGGUGUUUCAGCCUCCUUUGGCUGAUUUCAUUACUCUGCUUCUCUUUCUCUCCCAGGGCCUUGGAGCUCAGGAACAAGGUAACACCGAACACGUCAAGGUCCAACUGAAGAACAACACUCUGGGAUUAGGAGCAACCGCCAACCAAGAGGUGGGUGGAGUGAAUGGAAACGAGGUCUACAUCUGCUCAAAUCAGGCACGAGCAUUCAAAUCCGCAUUUAUCUGCCUAUCUUGGAAUUCAUAUUGCGAGUUUUCUGUUCUCUGCAGAGCUCCAGAUCCUCAGGGUUUACAGAAGGGGAAUCAACCCUGUAAAAUUAGCAGAUAUGCAGACGGGCUUGAUUUGUAUUUAAAGUUCACAGAAAGAGACUGACUAGUUCUUGUUUUGGGUUUGCACAGAAUAAUUUGGAUUUUUGCACGAGUGCAGUCUGUCGUUUGGAAUUGAAUUAGAUCGCUUGUCAUUUUAGCAACUAGACAAACAGCUCUUUUCCAGCAUCAUACCAAGCCCAAGGUUACAAUUAAGGAACUGUCGCUUGGUGUGAUAUCUCAGUUGACCAACCAUGGUUUGCAGUCAUCUGCCAAUUUGGUUUUGAAAUGAUGAUGGCUAUGCUACCUGCACAGUAAAGGCAGCAACACUCCUGAAUACCAGUUGCUGGAAACCACAGGAGGGGAGAGUUGCUCUUGUGCUCGCGUCCUGCUUGUGGGUUUACCUUUGUAGCACCUGCUUCACCAUUGUGAGAAUGGGAUGCUAGACUAGAUCACCAUUAUUGUUGUUGUUUAGUCGUGUCUGACUCUUCGUGGCCCCAUGGACCAGAGCACGCCAGGCACUCCUGUCUUCCACUGCCUCCCGCAGUUUGGUCAAACUCAUGCUGGUAGCUUCGAGAACACUGUCCCACCAUCUCGUCCUCUGUUAUCCCCUUCUCCUUGUGCCCUCCAUCUUUCCCAACAUCAGGGUCUUUUCCAGGGGGUCUUCUCUUCUCAUGAGGUAGCCAAAGUAUUGGAGCCUCAGCUUCAGGAUCUGUCCUUCCAGGGAGCACUCAGGGCUGAUUUCCUUCAGAAUGGAGAGGUUUGAUCUUCUUGCAGUCCAUGGGACUCUCAAGAGUCUCCUCCAGCACCAGAAUUCAGAAGCAUCAAUUCUUCGGCGAUCAGCCUUCUUUAUGGUCCAGCUUCAUGGAUCACUGCCUUGCUGUAGCGAAGGGGCUUGAAUAACUCAGAGAAGCUAUGAGCUAUGCCAUGCAGGGCCACCCAAGAUGGACAGGUCAUAGUGGAGAGUUUUGACCAAACGUGAUCCACCUGGAGCAGGAACCGGCAAGCCACUCCAGUAUCUCUGCCAAGAAAGCUCCAUGGCCAAAGACAACAGAUCACUAUUAGCCUGAUCAAACAGAGCUCUAAUCACUUUGUUAGUCAUGACUGCCAGUCUGGUACAUGCAAGCAGUCUGGUACCAGAGACCUUCUCUGGUGCUUGUAGCAUCCCCUCUACCCCCACAAAAAGGCUUAAGACAGACAUAUUGUAGCCAGUGGAUUAGGUUGUGAUAUGUGUUUGGUUGUGAGUCCGUGUGGUGCCCACAUCAGUUUUCCUGGUUUGCAAGGAAAACUGAACCCCCUCAAAGACCGGUGAUCGUCUUGUGUGAUAUUUUGUAGGACAACUGGAUCGCCCAUCAGGAUGACUUCAACCAGCUUCUGGCAGAGCUGAACAACUGCCACGGACAAGACACCGCAGGUACAGGAGUGAGCUAUGAAAGGGCCCAGUGAUUUGUUCCCAUUGAAUCAGCUACCAAAUAAACUUAUGCAAUGCAAUCCUUGGCCACACGAGGGCACUGCUGCCACUUGUGUGAUUAAAAUUGAAACCACAAACUACUCCAGUGGCCAAAAUUAUGGAAACCUUUUGGGAAAAGUGUAUUUUCAAGGUUUGAUGGCUCAUAACACCUGAUUGGCUCUCUAAACGCUCAUGCUCACUGGCUACAUUCAAAUGGAGGAAAGCUACUGCAUAUCAGCCUAAGCAAGUUGUGCUUCCUUUUUCUGGUUAUUUGGCUAUAAUGUUUGAUAGAAUAUAGAUAAUUGAAUUGAAUAUAGAUAAUUGAAGACAGGAGUUCCUGGCGUGCUCUGGUCCAUGGGGUCACAAAGAGUCAGACAUGACUAAAUAACUAAACAACAACAACAAGAUAAUUGAACAAACUUUGUUGCAUCACAUUCUUCAUUAAAUUAUCUUUCCAUUGAUACAUAAUUUUAUGGUAUUACUCCCAAACAAAAGUGGUGUUAUGAGCCAUCAAACCUCAGAAAUACACUUUUCCCAAAAGGUUUCCACAAUUUUGGCCACUAGUGUAGACACAGUCUGGCCAAACAGAAUGAGAGGUGUGUAUUGCUGAAGGGGUGUGGGAGCAACUUUUUAAAAAUAUUAACAUUUGAUUUAAAAAAAUCUGUUCUAAAGAAAUAAAGUAAUACCGAGAAAAAAGAUGGGAAGUGGUGGUUGGGAGACUAAAGAAGUGUAUAAUAAAAUAAAAACAAUUACAAAAAAAUCAGUGAAUAUACUCCCAUACAUCCUUAUAUAAACUGAUACGUUAUUAUCCAAAUAUACGGUAUAUGUAGAUGUUAAUAUUCUACUACAUUCUAUACAAACUCCUUCCAAACGUUGUCAUACUUAUUCAAACAAAGUCUACGUCUCUAAGCAGUCCAUUCAUAAGUUGCAAGCAUUGUCCUAUUAUCAAUCCAUUGAUUAAAUGGUAUCAUACAUGUAUAUUCUUCCAGUUCAUCAGUAUCAGUCUUGGCCACCAUUAGGGUACGCAGAAUCCAUUUUUUGUUGUCCCGGGAGUGACUUGAGUUGUGCCUCACUUCCUAGACUUGAGUUUUAGGAACAUUGGAAGCUGCCUUAUACUGAAUCAGGCCAUUGGUCCAUCUUGCUCAGUUUUAUCUACACACUGACAGUCAGCUGCUGUCCAGGGUUUAGGCAACGAGUCUCCCCCAGCCCUACCUGGAGAUGCCAGGAUUUGAACUCGGGACCUGGAUGCAAGGCAGAUGCUCUGACACAGAGCUCUGGCCCUUCCCCAUAGACUAGUUUAGACCAGCCCUUUAAACACACAACACAUAGCUGAGACAUUGACCGACAGGCAGCAGGCUUGGGAUGAGCAAAAGGUGGGAAAAUAUUGCACAACUUGGUGUACUAAUUAUAGAAUUCCACAGGCUAGAUCACGAAUUGGUGUGAAUCAAAGGAAGAACAGCCAUUUCAUCCCUGCUCAAAUUCACCAGGGGCACAGUUCAGAAGUUAAGCUUUUAAAGCCCUAAACAGCCUCGGUCCAGUAUACCUGAAGGAGCAUCUCCACCUCCAUCGUUCUACCCGGACACUGAGGUCCAGCACCGAGGGCCUUCUGGAGAUUCCCUCACUGCGAGAAGCAAAGUUACAGGGAACCAGGCAGAGGGCCUUCUCGGUAGUGGCACCCGCCCUGUGGAACGCCCUCCCUUCAGAUGUCAAGGAAAUAAACAACUACUUGACCUUUAGAAGACAUCUGAAGGCAGCCCUGUUUAGGGAAGCUUUUAAUGUCUGAUAGGUUACUGUAUUUUAAUGUUUUGCUGGAAGCCGCCCAGAGUGGCUGGGGAAACCCAGCCAGAUGGGCGGGGUAUAAAUAAAUUAUUAUUAUUAUUAUUAUGCCCUUUGCUGCUGAAGUUAAUGUGGGAAUCAUAGAAUUGUGGAGAGUUCUCAAGGCUCAUCAAGUCUAUCCCGCCGCAAUGCAGGGAUCGCUGCUAAGGAAUCUCAGACUGACAGCCGUUCAACUUCUGUUUGAAAACCUCCAGUGAAGGAAAGUGUUUUAAGCAGGAAGUGUGAGGAGGGUUUCUCGGAUCAGAAACCAAGUGAGAUUCUGCAGAAAGCAGCGCAUGUCUUUGCCUCAUACAGCAACUUCUGCUUGUGUUUCCAGACGCCGCGUCCAAGGAGGAGAAAAGAACCUUUAGCCUGGAGGAGAAAUCUAAGAGUGCCCGGAAACGAGUUCAUUAUGUGAAAUUUGCCAAAGGUAAGGGAGAAAGCAAAAGGAGAGCAAAACCAGAUCACCAGAGUCGUCUCCUGGACACAGCAACUGCUUGCAAGCAAGGAUGCGGGUUUCCUGGGAAAUGUUGAAUCGGGGCUUGUUUGUUUUCUGGGAAAUUUCCCCAGGCUUUAAAAAUCAGUUGGGAUUCAUUAGAGCAUAUUUUGACCUCUGUUUAGUAAGCAUAAGUCUGCCCUGUUCGUGGUAUGUCCCAUAGGCUGCAAAGGUUUUUGCUUUUGCGACUUCAACGUGCUUUAAACCUUACUCAGAACUUAACUUGGAUAUUACUUUUAUCAGUAAACUCAGUGUUUAUAAGACAACUCAACAGCACAUAUUUCCCUUAAAUUGCUUAAAUGUGAAGAGAAAAGAUUUGAAGGCAGUUAACGUUCUAAUUCAGCUCUGCUAAGGAGGUGUGCAUUAGAUAAAUUGAGAGGUUCCUUAGGUAAAUCAAGUUAUCAGUGGAUGGGGAGUUAAUUACAACAUUGAAACUACCCAGUUGAAUUGGUAUCAUUCAUUAUGUUACUGUAUAAAGCAGAGGCAGCCAAUGUGAUGCCUUCCAGAUGUUACUGGACUACAACUCCCAUCAACCCUUGCCAGUACGGCUGAUGGUCAGGAACGAUGGGAGUUGUAGUCUCAUCUCCUCUGGUGGUAAUCAUGUUGCCUACUCGUGAUUUAAAGGUGUUGAAAUGGAACAUUGUUGUUUCCAGUGCUUAGAUCAGGGGUCAGAAAACUUUUCCAGCAGGGGGCCGGUCCACUGUCUCUCAGACCUUGGGGGGGGGGGCCAGGCUAUAUUUUGGAGAGAGAAAAAUGAACGAAUUCCUAUGCCCCACAAAUAACCCAGAGAUGCAUUUUAAAUAAAAGCACACAUUCUACUCAUGUAAAGACACCAGGCAGGCCCCACAAAUAACCCAGAGAUGCAUUUUAAAUAAAAGGACACAUUCUACUCAUGUAAAAACAUGCUGAUUCCCGGACCGUCCGUAGGCUGGAUUUAGAAGGCAAUUGGGCCAGAUCCGGCCCCUGGGCCUUAGUUUGCCUACCCAUUCCUUAAGUAUUAGACAAGUGCCAUCUCUGUUGUCUGAAGCCCUUCCUCUUCUCCAAAGCCUUCAUUAUACACCUUUAGGCGCCAGGCAAAAAAUGGAUCCGGCCCAAUUGCCUUCUCAAUCCGGCCCACGGAUGGUUUGGGAAUCAGCAUGUUUUUACAUAAGAAGAAUGUGUGCUUUUAUUUAAAAUGCAUCUCUGGGUUAUUUGUGGGGCAUAGGAAUUCGUUCAUUUUUUAAAAAAAAAAAUAUAUAGUCCGGCCCACCACAAGGUCUGAGGGUGAGUGGACUGGCCCCCUGCUGAAAAAGUUUGCUGACCCCUGGCUUAGAUCGACAGUGCUGGCCACACUUAAAAUUCAUUGCUGUUAUUUAACACUGGCAAUUGGCCUGAAAUUCUCUAAGCUCCGUACAUAUAUUAAAGAUAUGGCAAUCCCCGUCUGCUGGCUCUCAGUCAAAUAAGACACAACACGAGAGGAAAAGACAAUGAGGAGGGAAGAGGAAAGCAAGUGCUGGAGGAGCUGCUCCUUCAGCUAGUAGCCUUCACUAGUCCUCUGCUCCAUGAAUUUGCGCAGUCAUCUUUUAAAGCCAUCCAAGUUGGUAGCCAUCACUGUAUCCUGUGGGAGAGAGAUCCACAGUCCUUUCCUUGUUCCGAAUCCUCCAGCACUCAGCUGUGUUGGAUGCCCGUGAGUUCUAGUGCCAUGAUAGUGCCUCUCUUGUUUCACCCCAGGAAAAGAUCUCUCCUCCCGAAGCGAAGAUGACCUGUCUUGCAUUUUUGGGAAACGGCAAGCCAAGAAAACACAGGUAUGGGACUCGUUUUGAUUUCCCCCUCCUUUCACCUGCACUCGGUCUAGUUGCAAGUUGUCUUUCCCUGUGUACAAAAUCCACAUUAGGGUGACCAGGUCAUCUGGACAAACUUGGCUUGCAAUCCUGAGCUCCUUGGAGGAAAGUGAGGGACGUAAAUCCAAUCGAUCAAUCAGUAAAACAGCGGUUCUCAACCUGUGGGUCCCCAGAUGUUGUUGGACUACAACUCCCAUCAUCCCUGAACUCUGGCCUUGCUAGCUAGGGGUGAUGGGAGUUGUAGUUCAACAACAUAUGGGGACCCACAGGUUGAGAAAGGCUGCAAUAAAAUAACAACACUAAUUAAACACAUAUUGGGAUGUACAUUUCAUUGCACAUGAUAGGACCUAGAGUAAGUAUGCAUAUAAUUGCGCUGUUAAGUGGCAUUGGCAUGUUAAAUCAGUUGCGCACAGAAACACACACACACACCCCUCUGCUGUGCAUUGACCAGGCAUAGGCACACUCGGCCCUCCAGAUGUUUCGGGACUACAACUCCCACCAUCCCUGACCACUGGUCCUGUUAGCUAGGGGUGAUGGGAGUUGUAGUCCCAAAACAUCUGGAGGGCUGAGUUUGCCUAUGCCUGCCAUUGACUGUGCAGGCAAAGCCAGGUCAGGGAGUGUCAUUCAGAUGUCAGGAGAUUGACAGGAUAGUAGCCCUGCUCAGCUGUCAGACGUGGCCUGUAGGGAAUGAGGGGUCCUGUUCUGUGGCAUAGGUAGGGGAAGGUUGCCAGCCCAAGGCUGGCAGGUGGAAAUCAGUCCCAAAUCUGGUAAAUCAGAAUGCAAAAAUUAUGGUUAAAAAAAAAACAACCCAGCUGGAAACAUCUUACCGUUGAAAAUGCAUUUUAUUUAUUAUAAUUUUUCUAAAAUUUGUAACACCGCUUGAUUCAGAGGGGUUUGUGUAAAAAUGAUUAAGCAGUGAAAUGACCGAUAAGAAAAAUUAACAGUAAUUAAAAAAAAAAAAACCUUCCAAGAAGGGAAAGAAGAUUAAGUCCCGACCAGAGAAGAAUGGCAGAUUAAGUUGAUGGAUUAUUAUGCCAAAAUGGCAGAAAUGACCGGAAGAAUCAGAAACCGGGAAAACCAAAAUUUUAGUAAUAAAUGGGGAAUAUUUGUGAUUUAUCUUAAAAAACCAUUGUAAACAGUUAAAAUUGGUAGUAGGAUUGGAAUAACACUUGUAGUUUAAUGGUGAAUUUUGGAUAAAAUGGAGAGAGAAAAGAUUUGGAUCAUCAUAAAAGAUGCAGAAGGAAAUGAAUAACGAUAGGACUCACAAAGGGUCCUGGACAAAGUCCAGGAGAUUUUGUGGAAUCUUGUCUUUAUGUUGUACAGUGGUACCUCUGGAUGCGAACGGGAUCCGUUCCAGAGCCCCGUUCGCAUCCAGAGCAGAACACAACUCGCGUCUGCGCAUGCGUGGGUCACGAUUCGCCACGUCCGCGUGUGUGACGUCAUUUUGAGCUUCUGCUCGAGCGGAGAAACCCGGAAGUAACCCGUUCCAUUACUUCUGGGUCACCGCGGAGCACAACCUGAAAACGCUCAACCCAAACCUACUUCAACCCGAGGUAUGACUGUAUGUUGGAUACGUGUUUGUAACACUGUAAUUUGAAAAAUCAAAUACUGUAUUUUUUGCUCUAUAAGACUCACUUUUUCCCUCCUAAAAAGUAAGGGGAAAUGUGUGUGCGUCUUAUGGAGCGAGUGCAGGCUGCGCAGCUAUCCCAGAAGCCAGAACAGCAAGAGGGAUUGCUGCUUUCACUGCACAGCGAUCCCUCUUGCUGUUCUGGCUUCUGAGAUUCAGAAUAUUUUUUUCCUUGUUUUCCUCCUCCAAAAACUAGGUGCGUCUUGUAGUCUGGUGCGUCUUGUAGAGCGAAAAAUACAGUAAUUUUUUUUUAAAAGCCCUUCCAAAAUUUAGAAUGAAAAUACACUGAAACCAGAUUAAAGGAUGCACCAGCUUUCUAUAAACACCAGGGUAGGCUCACCUAAGCAAACAUGUUUCCAACAGGCACCGAAAAGAGCACAGUGAACCCGCCUGCCUGAUAUCAAUCGGCGGGGAGUUCCAAAGCAUAGGUGAUGCCACACUAAAAGUUCUUAGAAAUGGGUGUUAUGUGGCACUUGUAACAGCGCCAGUUCUUCUGACUGAAGUAGCCGAUUGGGCGUAUGGGGUAAGGCGAUCUUGGAAGUAAGCUGGUCCAAAGUUAUUAAGGGCUUUAUGUGCUGAUAGUAACACCCUUGAACUUGGCCCGGGACCAUUUUCUGUCACGGUGAGUCAGAGGGAGCCAACGCGUAGCCGUUCAGAUGCUGCGGCCGUCUCUGAACUCUGAACAACCCCAGCACCCUGGGGAGGCGUCAUAGCCCCUAUAGAGAGCACCACGCUGACUACCCCUGCGUUGAGCUAUUCAUAGUACCGCGUGGAGCAGCUCUUUCUGAUGCAGGUACCGUUUCCAUCGCGAUGGAAUUUGGAGCUGUCGUGCUGGUGUAAAUCAAAUCCAUGGUUGCAACAUUAGCAGCGAGAUUGCGAUGAGUCACCUGUAGAAACUGUCACCGGUUGAUAGGUCUAGAUCGAGAUCUAGGCCAGAUUAAUUUUCCUUUUUCCAAUGCAGGAAAAAGUGUGUGUUUGUGUGUCGCUUAUGUUUUGGGAGUUGAACGAGCGUAUCUGACCUGAUCCAUAAAUGAAAUAUUCAGCUUCCAGCAUCGGCUGCUGGCUUGGGUGCCUUUGGAAAUGGGGAUUAGGCGGGUUCGCAGAGGAGGUGUCACGACAAGCCGAUCUGCAGCAAAACAUAGCCGUGUGGAGUUUCCCAGUUCUGGGUUCCAGCCAGCCAUGCCCUGCUCCAGGAAACUCCGUUCUGUUACGACUCUUGCCUGCCUGCCCCCACACCCCCCAGUUUUCCUGCCCCACCUCUCAAGAAAUACCAGUCCAUGCCCACUGAAUUUUCUCAGAACUCACUGGGCUAAUCUGGAGUUCCCCCUCCCUUGUUUCGUAUUUCUGAGAAAGCUUUAAACCCCGCUCCACCCCUGAGCACGUUUGUUUGAUGGCUCCCAAGCCUGAUAAUAACUUCCUAGUCUAAAUAACUCAGUUCGUUACAGCUAAUAACACCAAGCUUGCAGGUUCGAUCCCUGCUGCAUAUUCCUGCAUUGCAGCGGGUUGGACUAAAUGAUCCCCAGGCUUCCUUCCAACUCUGAAAUUCUGUGAUUCCUCCUGUGUGGACAGUGCAGAAGAUGUUUUGGGAGAAGCACUCGCUACCCCUUUCCCCCCCCAGAUGUGGCCACAUGUGGGUCUCUGUUUCCGUUCCUUGGAAACUUGGCACCAAACAGAGGGCCUGGUUAUGAAGCCCUGGAGCACAUCAGUUUCGGACCUGAAAGAGCAAGGGAUUGCUGGCUGUGAGUGUCCCCGUAUCUCUUCCGGCCGAGAUAGGAAGAGUCCUGGUGUACAUCAGGAACUGGGGUUCUUCUGACAGAAGGAGGCUCACCAGGGCUUCAGCCAUCUCUGCGUUCGCUCUCUGGUCGCCUUGGGCGAACAGCUCACAGCUACUGAUAGCAACUGCAACCCAAGCCUCUGGCUGGGACAUCUUCAGCCUCAGAGCUUCCCCGCGGUCUCAGCUCCUAUAUCCUUGAAAGACUGCGAUAACCGAGGGAUUCAUAUUUUCUCUCUCUCUCUUUCCUUUUUUUCUCCGUCGCUUAUCCAGCAGCUGCUUAGCCGGUGACACAACACUGACAUCUCCCGCUAUCUCGCUCCCAGCCCGUUGGGAAGCAGGCAUGUCAAAACUGACCCUAACCCAGUGAUGCUUUUGCUUUUGGGGAGAGUUCGGGAGAGGAAAGUCAGCCACAGAGAAUCGGGUUUUCUUCUCUAAAGGACCAUCUGCAGCAGGAACAGACUAUUCCCCCAGCCUUGGCCAACUGGGUGCCCUUCGUGGUUGUGCUGAUUGGCGUCAUAGUCCCAAACCAGAGAGAGAGAACGGGCAUAAGAGAGCCUGCAGGAUCAGGCCAGUGACCCUUCUAGCACACCAUCCUGUCCUCACAGUGGCCAACCAGAUUCUUGCAGGAAACCCACAAUCAGGAUUCGGACACAAGAGCAACUCUCCCCUCCUUCGGUUUCCAACAACAGGGAUGCAGAAGCUUCGUUGCCUCUCAGCUGUGGAGGCAGAACAUAGCCGUAAUGUUCUAUGUAGUAGCCCUCGAUAGCCCUCUGUGGAUUUCUCAGAUUUUCUGUGGCAGUGAGUUCCCUAGUUCAACUGCACAAUCUCUGGGGAGCACCAGGUUGGCAAAAGCUGGAGUAUAACACCGAGAGCCUCUCCCUUCCAGCAGGGGGCGCUAACUCUCCAGUCCCUUCACAGAGAUGGGUUUGUUAAGUAUUCCCAGCUUCCAGGGGUUUGCUGUGAAUUUUUUUGUGGAGGGGAACACCUUGCGAAGGGUUGUUGUUUAGUCGUGUCCGACUCUUCAUGACCCCAUGGACCAGAGCACACCAGGCACUCCUGUCUUCCACUGCCUCCCACAGUUUGGUCAAACUCAUGUUAGUAGCUUCGAGAACACUGUCCAACCAUCUCGUCCUCUGUCGUCCCCUUUGCCUUGUGCCCUCCAUCUUUCCCAACAUCAGGGUCUUUUUCAGGGAGUCUUCUCUUCUCAUGAGGGGGCCAAAGUCUUGGAGCCUCAGUUUCAGGAUCUGUCCUUCCAGUGAGCACUCAGGGCUGGUUUCCUUCAGAAUAGAUAGGUUUGAUCUUCUUGCAGUCCAUGGGACUCUCAAGAGUCCCCUCCAGCACCAGAAUUCAAAAGCAUCAAUUCUUCGGCGAUCAGCCUUCUUUAUGGUCCAGCUCUCACUUCCAUACAUCACUACUGGGAAAACCAUAGCUUUAACUAUACGGACCUUUGUCGGCAAGGUAAUGUCUCUGCUUUUUAAGAUCCUGCCUAGGUUUGUCAUUGCUUUUCUCCCAAGAAGCAGGCAUCUUUUAAUUUCGUGACUGCUGUCAUGAAGGGUAGUUCCCUAGUUUAACAGUGCACUGUGUGAAUAAGUCCUUUUCUCUGUGCUGAAGCUUCCAGCAUUCAUCUUCAUAGGAGCCCAGGCCCUCAGGAUAUCAUGGAAUCAUAGAGUUGGAAUGGCCAGUGUAGUCCGGCCCCCUGCAAUGCUGGAAUCCCAACUUCUCAGCUCAUCAGGAACCGCUUCUUACCGCUUGCAGUAAAACUCCUGAGAGCCAGGGUGGCACUGGGGUUGCAGAGCAUCUGGGGGUCCAGUGCUCAAACCUUCAGUCUCCCAGGAAGCUCAGUGGGCAACGCUGGACCUCUUGGUACCUUUCAGCCCAAGCCUACCCCACAGCGUUCUACUGAUGAUAAAAUAGAGGCAGGGGGUUAACAGCUUUGUUAGUUAACCAAAUCAUCACAAUGCUAAUUGCACGUGGGCAAGAUACAUACAUCGGAGAGGAAUAAAAAUGUGGUUGGGGACCAAGAAAAGAUGGUCAGCGCAUUUCUUUUAUUUUUAUUUAUUUAUUCAAUUUAUACAUCGCCCUAUAAGGGACGCGGGUGGCGCUGUGGGUUAAGCCACAGAGCCUAGGACUUGCCGAUCAGAAGGUCAGCGGUUCGAAUCCCCGCGACGGGGUGAGCUCCCGUUGCUCUGUCCCUGCUCCUGCCAACCUAGCAGUUUGAAAGCACGUCAAAGUGCAAGUAGAUAAAUAGGUACCGCUCGGGCAGGAAGGUAAACGGCGUUUCCGUGUGCUGCUCUGGUUCGCCAGAAGCGGCUUAGUCAUGCUGGCCACAUGACCCGGAAGCUGUACGCCGGCUCCCUCGGCCAAUAAAGCGAGAUGAGCGCUGCAACCCCAGAGUCGGCCACGACUGGACCUAAUGGUCAGGGGUGCCUUUACCCUUUACCUUUACACUGCCCUAUACCCAGAGGUCUCAGGGCGGUUCACAAACAAAGACCACCACAUAUAAAAUCAAACCAAAAACAAUACCCCCCCCCCCGCCCAAAAAAGAACCACAUUCAAUAAGAUCAACUAAAGGCCUGGUUAAAAUGGAACUUUUUUGCCUGGCGCCUAAAAGUGUGUAAUGAAGUCGCCAGGUGAACUCCCCUGGGGAGAGCUUUCCACAGAUGGGGAGCCACUGCAGAAAAGGCCCUGUUCUCAUGUUGCCACCCUCUCGAGGUAACGGCACACAAAGGAGGGCCUCGGAAGAUGAUCUCAGGGUCCGGGUAGGUUCAUAUGGGAAGAGGCUGUCUUCGAUGCUGAUUCUCUGGAGUUCUUACGAUCCCAGCUCUUAAUUGCUGGGAUAAAUAACUAUUUAUUAGGAUUCACUCUUCUAGCUGACUCCCAAGUCUUUCCCUACAAAGGCAAAUCUUCCUGUUCUUUCUCCCUCCCACCCAUCUCGAGGGGGCUUAAGGCCAGCCAAGUAUCAUCCCACCGUGGACUUCCAUUCCUUUCCCAGUGCCACGUAACACACACACACCCCAGCUGCCACCCCUCUUUUCUCUCCACCACCGCUAGCAAACGUCAGGCCUCGUUCCGGUCUGAGAACUUGCUUCCUUCGAGACAAAUUGUGAGGCUGAAUGAAGCUGUCAUUAGUAAGCUCUAUUGGGGGGGGGGCUGUAUUCCUCCCCCCUUUUUUCCUUUUUAUAUUUUCUAUCUCAAAACAAUAGCUGUCUAUCCAAGCGGACCUAAAUAGGAAACGUCGACACCUAUUCCUCCCGGUUCUAUGGGAGACAAUGAAGCAGUUGAAAAUAUUGAUUGGCAAUUAGACGUGUCUCUCCCGAGACCUCUGCCUCAAAAAGCCCAGAGCUCUCCUUGAACUUGGGACCGGGAAUUUCCUUACAUGGCUCCCCCUCUGUUUAGAUCUCCUUGCUUGUAAGGGAGGAAAACACAUGGCGUUAGUUCCUCUCUGGUUGGACUUCCUUGACCCCACCCAUUGCACGCUCUCUCUGUCGUGUGUGUGUGUGAAUAUGCACAGACAUGAACAUGCAUACGUAAUAUAUUAAUUUCUCCUCCGUUCCUUCUUCCGCCGUCCAGCUGUGUUUCCUGACAAAAGGCCUAAUCACUUGCGAAAAGUGUUCCUGGAAGAGAUGUAGGAUUUGGGGGAUAAGCUGUGGGUCAGAACUGACUAAACGUAAUCCCGGCAUUGUCUUGCAGCGAGAGGAAAGUGCCUGCUCACAGGGACAUGUUAAAAUAAGGAGCUCUGGCCUGCCAACAAACGCACCUGCCUCUUUCUUUCUUUCUUUCUUUCUUUCUUUCUUUCUUUCUUUCUUUCUUGAGUCCCUCCUUGCCAUAUGAUCCUCGAUUGGGAACCUCUUUCCUCUCAAGCAUGUGGUCAGCAGCCUGCGUGGAAAAGUGACCCGUCGGAUCCCUUCCCUUGUUUAGUCAUGUUGAGUGGGCAUUUUUCCGGAUGACACUCUCUCAUCUUAAGGCAAUUUCCUGAUUACAAGCACAUUUUCUCGCUCAGGUUUCCUGUCCUGACUCACAUUUCCUGGUGGUUGUCAUAGGCAUCAAGCAGGGACUCAUAGAAUCUUAAGAGUUGGAAGGGACCCUGAGGGUCAUCUAGUCCAACCCCCUGCCCAAACACAGGGCUCGAACCCACAACCCUGAGAUUAAGAUUAGUUCUCUUUUUUAAAGAAAAUGAAAUUAAAAAUACGUAUGCAUAUAUGAAGGGGUAUUCAGUCAACCAAGCGUUGUGAGCCCUGCCAGUUUGAUUAACUGGUGGUAUUUGAAGAGGCAAAGAGGCUCAUAAAACCGCUUCAUGUGGGAACUUCCUACCAACUUCACUUAAUGAAACAACCAGGAAGCGAGCCAACUCCUUACAAUAACCAACUAAAGGAUGGAAAUAUAUAUGUUUACAUGUUACAUGUUGUCUCUUAUGUGUGUUGCCUGUUAAGUGUAUGUGAGUCUGUUCCUUGCGUCUCUGUCAUUUUAGAAAUCUUUAAGGGGUUUGUGUUUAAAAUUGGCCACAACAUCCACAGACUGCCUUUCUUAAGUGUGCGUAGUUUAAACUGCAAGCUUGCUUCAAGUUUUAGUUUAAAGAAACCAUCUUGGACCUGAUCAACUUAAACAUGGCAUGUUUUUAACACUGGGAGCCGCCCAGAGUGGCUGGGGAAACUCAGCCAGAUGGGCGGGAUAUAAAUAAUAAAUUACAGCGGUACCUCGGGUUAAGUACUUAAUUCGUUCCGGAGGUCCGUACUUAACCUGAAACUGUUCUUAACCUGAAGCACCACUUUAGCUAAUGGGGCCUCCUGCUGCUGCCGCGCCGCUGGAGCACGAUUUCUGUUCUCAUCCUGAAGCAAAGUUCUUAACCUGAAGCACUAUUUCUGGGUUAGCGGAGUCUGUAACCUGAAGUGUAUGUAACCUGAAGCGUAUGUAACCCGAGGUACCACUAUUGUUAUUAUUCUUAUAUAAGAGUCCCAUGCUCUACCGACUGAGCUACCCCAGCUGACAGUUGUGGGGGGCAUCCCAUUUGGCAGUGCAUCAGCCAUUGUGGGCUUGGAGCAAUCGACUGUAUUCCAUGAGGACUAGAAAGCUGCCUUCGUUUUGGUUUUGGUUUUGGUUUUCCGUGGGCUCCAUGGAGCUGGAUAGAAUCAAAAGGCCACAACAUCCACCAUGGGGUGUAGAGCAUCGGUCUUGUUCCAAGAUGGGUCAUGACAGCAACACUACCCCCCUCCCAAUAUACCGUAUUUUUUGCUCUAUAAGACUCACUUUUCUCCUCCUAAAAAGUAAGGGGAAAUGUGUGUGCGUCUUAUGGAGCGAAUGCAGGCUGCGCAGCUAUCCCAGAAGCCAGAACAGCAAGAGGGAUUGCUGCUUUCACUGCACAGCGAUCCCUCUUGCUGUUCUGGCUUCUGAGAUUCAGAAUAUUUUUUUUCUUGUUUUCCUCCUCCAAAAACUAGGUGCGUCUUGUGGUCCGGUGCGUCUUAUAGGGCGAAAAAUACGGUAUAUGGUGAAGGGUUAAGAAAUUAACCCCCAAAUGCACGCCUGGGGUUCAUGUCCCUGGAUGUCUUGAAAAGAAGGACAAAUGCAUGGAAGAUUUCGACAGCUGCUAUGCUCUGCCUCUGCAGUCAAGAGGCAGCAGUGCUUCUGAAUACCAGUUGCUGGAAACGGCAGGAGGGGAGACCGCUCCUGUGUUCGAAUCCUGCUCGUGAGAACAGGAUGCUGGACUAGGUGGACCACUGGCCCAAUCCAGCAGGCCUCUUCUUACGUUCUCACGUGAGCCAAAUCCUGACCUGAUCCAAUCUUUUAAAACCUUUUGGUUAAUCAGGAGAGAGUGAAAUGGAUUGCUGCGCAGAAAACUGCCUUCUCAGAACGUGCAGUUUUUGUUCCCUGUCUUCUCUCUCUCUCUCUCUCUCUCUAUCUCUCUCUCUCUCUCUCUCUCUCUCUCUCUCUCUCCCACCCUUUUCCUUGGUGGAAAAUCUCACCUCCAGCCAUUCAUUCCUUGGGGGGUUUGUUAGGGCCCAAUGCGAAACUGAGGUGGAGAGGGGAGGGAUGUGUGAGAGAGAGUUUGCUCUUUUUGAUUUAUCAUCCUGCCAUCCCGUUCGGUCACUUCUCUAGGCUAAAAGAGCCACGUUGGCUGUAAUGUGUCGCCAUUAGAGACCAAACAUUAGCUGGGAUAACCCAUCAUGGCUCACAGUGAAAAAUGUCCCCUGAUUGGCUAAUUAAUCAGUCAAAAGGGGAAUGACACGACUCUUCGGGUUGAGGGACUCCUCUGCGGAGGUAAGCAGCCGCGUUGAUGAAUGGUUUCCCGGUAAAUUCAUAUAUCAAGAAAACUUAGUCAUUUUUAACUGUGCUUUGCAGGAAAGCUGGCUUCCUCGUGGCCCCCCCCCCCACCCAGCACUGUUUCUUCUUCUUCUUCUUUUUCUCCUCUUCUAGCUUUUGCACUCCCCCCUUCUUCCCUUCCCACCCCCCCAUUUUUUGCUGCCUUUGCUUCUUACGGCUUCGUUGGAACGUGAGAAAUGGGGGGAGUGGGGCAGAAGGCUCUGUGGGGGCAGCCGCAGGAGAUAUUUUGCCAAGACAAGAGUGGGGAACUCUGCCCAGCCCAGCCCCAUUUCCUGGUGGCAGAAGGGCAGGGGCACGUGUCGGCGGUGGGCGGGGCCAGAGACAAAAGUGGGAGGAGCAACUAAUAGUCAAUUUAACAUCAUUAUUACUACUACAGUGGUACCUCUGGAUGCGAAUGGGAUCUGUUCCGGAGCCCCAUUCGCAUCCAGAAGCGAACGCAACCUACAUCUGUGCAGGUCACAAUUCGCCGCUUCUGCGCAUGCGUGUGACAUCAUUUUGACCAUCUGCGCAAGCGACAAUACCCAGAAGUAACACGUUCCGUUACUUCCGCGUCACCGCAGCGCGCAACCCGAAAAUACUUAUCCCAAAGCUACUUCAACCCGAGGUGUGACUGUACUACUAAAGGCAAAGGUAAAGGGACCCCUGACCAUUAGGUCCAGUCAUGGCUGACACUGGGGUUGCGGCGCUCAUCUCGCUUUAUUGGCCGAGGGAGCCGACGUACAACUUCCAGGUCAUGUGGCCAGCAUGACUAAGCCGCUUCUGGCGAACCAGAGCAGCGCAUGGAAAUGCCGUUUACCUUCCCGCUGGAGCUGUACCUAUUUAUCUACUUGCACUUUGACGUGCUUUCGAACUGCUAGGUUGGCAGGAGCAGGGACCGAGCAACGGGAGCUCAUCCCGUCGUGGGGAUUCGAACUGCCGACCUUCUGAUCGGCAAGUCCUAGGCUCUGUGGUUUAACCCACAGCGCCACCAGCGUUCCUUCAUUACUACUACUACCAAGCCCCUAUACCUCAGUUGGUUAGAGCAUGGUGCUGACAACACCAGGGUUGCAGGUUCAAUCCUUGUAUGGGGCAACUGCAUAUUCUUGCAUUGCAAGGGGUUGGAAUAAAUGAUCCUCAGGGUCCCUUUCAGCUCUACGAUUCUACUGUAUUAAUUUAUAUCCCGCCUUUUUUCCUGGACCAGGACUGAAGGCGGCUUAACACUGAUUUGAAAAACUCAGAUAAAAGUACUAAAAGCGAUUAUUGCUUUCCUUUCGCUCUUAUUUUUAUUAUGUAUUCUGCAUUGUUUUGUAUUGUAUUUCUGCAUUGCGAACCGCCCUGAGCUCUUCGGAUGAAGGGUAGUGUACAAAUUCAAUAAAUAAUAACGAGAAGGUGAAAAAAAACAUUUUAAAAAUGAUUAAACUCUCAACACAAUAAAAGCAGUACAUACAAUGAAACAAAUCUGUUUAACAUGCAGAUAGAAAAAGCAGUGCAGCGCUACCAAAGCCCUUUCCAUAAAAUACAAUAAAAUAAAACAAAAUAAAAUAAAGUCAGUCCCCAAAGGCAUGUUGGAAUUAAACAGCAUUCACCUGCCAGCAGAAAGACAUCAAGGAGGGAGCCAGUGUCAUAGCACUAGAACUCGUUGACAUCCAGUGGACCUGAAUGUUGGAAGAUUCGGGACAGAUAAAAGAAAUGGCUUCUUUGCACAUAGUUAAACCGUGGAACUCACUGCCACAGGACCCAAUGAUGGCCGCUUUCUAGAUAGCUUUAAAAGAGGAUGGGACAGAUUCGUGGAGGAGAGGGCUACUAGUCAGGAUGGCUUUGCUCUGCCCCCAGAGUUCUGCUUCUGAAUACCACCUGCUGGAAACCACAGGAAGGGAGAAGGCUCUUGCGCUCAUGUUCCGCUUGCAGGUUUCCCACAGGUAUCUGGUUGGCCGCCGCACAGCAGGGGGUUGGACUAGAUGACCCUCGAGGCGGGGGGGGGUCCCUUCCAACUCUACAACUCUGAUUCUGUGGGCCAUUGGCCUGAUCCAGCCAAAGGCUCUUCCUGUGUCCUUAGGUAAAGGAAUUUUGAAUCUUUCUGUCUCUGCAAGGUGAGGCCAAAGAGGGAGCCAAGGAGCAGUGCCAGUUCCCCCCCUUGGAAAAUGAAAUAGCUGCUUCCACUUUUGACAGUUUGUACUUAAUGCAUCACUUGAGCUGUUGACUCCCUGACAUGUAUUCAUUACAGCUCGGGCUCCCCCUGGUCGAACCCUUGCAGGCGGCAAAGCAAUUUUCUCUCCCUCCUUUCUUGUUUUUAUUUUUUUAUUAUUUUAUAAGUAAAGGAGGUGGCUUGGAGGGGAGAGAACCUGGAAUUUCAUUUUUAAAAAAGCCAAAGGAAUGCUUCACUGUAUUUAAUUGCCAUGGAUAUUUCUCCCAAGGUUCCAUGUCCGCCCUGCGUCCUUAUCUAUUGUUUUAACGAAAUUGGCGUUCCAUCCCCCCGAUUAAAUUCACUGUUCAAAGUCGCAGUGCUUUCAAAUGUCCCGCUGUCUGCCAGGAGCCUUGGCACUUUGACCAUACGACAGUCUCCGAUAAAUGGUCGUUACAACAAAAACAAGCCUUAAUAAAUUAUCUUCAUGAGGAGGUCGAGGUCCAGUAUAAUGUAUAUCCCCAGCAUAGGAGAUAAGAGUGUUUGGUCCAGGGAGGUCUUAGAAUUCUUGCUGAGCUGGGAAGGUGGCUGGGUGAUUGUUGUUUAUUCUCAAGAGUUUCUACCUCACAAGGUUGUGGAAUAACCCCGUGUAGGGUAAAAGGUCUGGGACACGGAUGGCGCUGUGGGUUAAACCACAGAGCCUACGACUGCCGAUAAGAAGGUCGGCGGUUCGAAUCCCCGCGACGGGGUGAGCUCCCAUUGCUCGGUCCCUGCUCCUGCCAACCUAGCAGUUCGAAAGCACAUCAAAGUGCAAGUAGAUAAAUAGGUACCACUCCGGCGGGAAGGUAAACGGCGUUUCUGUGUGCUGCUCUGGUUCGCCAGAAGCGGCUUAGUCAUGCUGGCCACAUGACCCGGAAGCUGUACGCCGGCUCCCUCGGCCAGUAAAGCGAGAUGAGCGUCGCAACCCCAGAGUCGGCCACGACUGGACCUAAUGGUCAGGGGUCCCUUUACCUUUAAGGUAAAAGGUAAAGGGCCCCUGGACAGUUAAGUCCAGUCAAAGGCACAAUGGGGUUGCAGUGCUCACCUCGCUUUCAAGCUGAGGGAGCCGGCAUUUUUCCACAGACAGCUUUCCGGGUCAUGUGGCCAGCAGGACUAAAUCUGGCGCAAUGGAACACAGUGACUGAAACCAGAGCACACGGAAAUGCCGUUUACCUUCCCGCUGCAGUGGUACCUAUUAAUCUACUUGCACCGGUGUGCUUUCGAACUGCUAGGUUGGCAGGAGCUGGGACAGAGCAACGGGAGCUCGCCCUGUCUCAGGGAUUCGAACUGCCAACCUUCUGAUCAGCAAGCCCAAGAGGCUCAGUGGUUUAGCCCACAGCGCCACCCGCAUCCCUAUAACCCUGUGUACACCUCCAUAGGCUCCUUGGAGAAGGAUGCAGCCCACCUAACCUCUGAAGGCAGGGGCAUGCAAAGAGUGGCUUGUGGAAAAGGACCUUUGUUGGAGCUUUUGAAGUGGACGUUGGGUGGCCAUCUGUCAUGGGUUCUUUAGAUGUGAUUCCUUCAUUGCAGUUGGAGUCAGGAUCUGUGAUGAUCUCAGUGCUUCAGCAGGUUCAUGCCAGUACUGCGACUUCUUGAGUUGUUGGUUAUACGUCACUGUUUGUUUUUAUUCUAAGCCUUUUUGGCUUCAUCUGGAGAAAGGUUCCCACAGCUACUUACAAAGAUUAAUAAUGGAGAGUUCCCCCACCUUAGGCUUAACAGUCUAAAGCACACGGCACAAAAGGAAAGAGGUAUUGGGAGGGAGGAGGAAAAAGGUAAACUCGGUCACCUAUUCUUAGUUAAGCAGGCCAGCCUCUCUCAUUGCAUGCGAUUCCAAACCUGCCUGUCUAUCAAUUUCUCUCAGUCACACACGUACAUGCACGCCAGCCGGGUCUCGAGCUAUUUCGUCCCCUUGGCCUACUUGCUUUUAUAUUUACUUAUCUAUAAACAAACUUAAUUAAAGAGCUUUUGUCCCACCCUUCUGCUGAGAAAGACCCAAAGCGACUUGCAACCAAACUUCGCUGGAAAGCAAGCAGGCCAAGGGAACUAAAUAGCUCGAGACCUGGCUGGCGUUACGAGCUCAGUUGGUUAGAGCGUGGUGCUGAUAACGCCAGGGUUGCAGGUUCGAUCCCCGCACAGGACAGCUGCUUAUUCCUGCAUUGCAAGCAAGUUGGACCAGAUGAUCCAACUCUAUUGUGUGAAUCCAGAGCAGCUUACAGCCGGCGAAGACAACAUGCCCUGCCCUCAGUCUCGCAAUCCGAAAACGAAAGCCAUAUGGAAACGAAAGGGAUUGGGAUGAAGCCAGUGGAGUCGUCCUGCUUCCCUUCUCUUCCUCUGCUGCACCCUGAUGUUACUGCCGUGCACACUGAGGUGGGGGGCGCCGGGAGAGCGUGUGUGCGUUUUGCCCCUGCAGCCAUUUUUGCCAGUUGCCAUCCCGGGUGAGAAUCAAACAGUGGGCUUUUCGUCUCUGCAGCUUGCCAUCUUAAACCACCGCAGCGCCCCAGAGCUCUCAGUUCCGAGCCAACGGAGUUGUCCUGCUUCCCUUCCCUUCUGCAACCGGAUGGAGGCGGCUGCUCUCCCAACACUCUCAGUAGCUUGCCCUCUUAAACCACCGUGCCACCCCAGAGCUCUCCACUCCCUUCCCCGACAGCCUGUUGUUCUCAGGCGAGGAUGGCGUGGGUGCCAGCGAGGGGCUUACACAAACACAGGGAACGCCAGGCAGAGUGUCGCCAUUUGUGUGCCAGGAGAUCUGGGUGGCGGCUUGGCGCUAGUGCCCCUUGAUUUAUGGGCUUAGCCAAGCCUACAUUUUGGGCGCCCCCUCCCUGAAUUGCUGCCCUGUAUUUUGUACUGGUUUUCCCAGUAGUGAUGUAUGGAAGUGAGAGCUGGACCAUAAAGAAGGCUGAUCACCGAAGAAUUGAUGCUUUUGAAUUACGGUGUUGGAGGAGACUCUUGAGGGUCCCAUGGACUGCAAGAAGAUCAAACCUCUCUAUUCUGAAGGAAAUCAGCCCCGAGUGCUCCCUGGAAGGACAGAUCCUGAAGCUGAGGCUCCAAGACUUUGGCCACCUCAUGAGAAGAAAAGACUCCCUGGAAAAGACCCUGAUGUUGGGAAAGAUGGAGGGCACAAGGAGAAGGGGAAGACAGAGCACAAGAUGGUGGGACAGUGUUCUUGAAGCUACCAGCAUGAGUUUGACCAAGCUGCAGGAGGCAGUGGAAGACAGGAGUGCCUGGCGUGCUCUGGUCCAGGGGGUCACGAAGAGUCGGACACGACUAAACAACAUUGUGUUCAAGCGAGGGCCCAUAACUCUGUCCCUUGCCUUUAAAUAUUUGGAAACAUGGGACUUGCCUUAAAUCAUUUUUUUCCGGGGUGGGGGCGUGGGCCUCCAUCUCUUCUCCCCACCCUGCCUCAGAGAGUUGCCCUCUCCAUUUCUUCACCCCCACUGCCCACUCCGCCUUGGCACAAAGAAGGACGCCUAAAUAGGGCUUUUCUGUUCCUUCAGGAGAAAUUAAGCAUUUCUUCUUUUUUUAAAGCCUACUUAGCUUGUCAGCCUGGAUUUAUAUUGUCAUAGUUCACUAGGGAGAGAUAAUAGGGACGGCUUUGAUGUUUGAAGCCACUGCCUUGCUUGGCACAGUGACCGUUUUAGCGAGCAAAUGCUGGAUCAGGCUACUUUUAUUUAUUUAUUAAAAGUAUAUACUGCCCUUCCUCUGAAGGUCUUAGGACGGUUCCCAAGAUAAAAAUACAGGCUAAAAGCACGAAUAAAUAGGGGGAGAGAGUAACACACACACACACACACACACACCAUUUAAAAGGCUGUGGAUCAGCCAAAUGCUUGGUUGAAGAGGAACAUUUUAGGCUGGAGCCUAGAGAUGUGUAACGACAAACCGCCCUGGGGAAGAGCGUCCCACAAAUGGGAGCCACUGCAGAAAAGACCCUGUUCUCGUGUUGCUGCUCUCCAGACGGGCCUCAGAGGAUGAUCUCAGGGUCCAGGUCCUUCUCUCACAGUGGCCAGUCGGAUGGCUGUGGGAAACCCGCAAACAGGAUUUGAGCACACAAUCCGCUCUCCCUUUCCCUCCAGCUGUGGAGGCGUUGUGGCUAGGAGCCAUGGAUGGCCUUCUCUCUGAAUGACUCCAUCCUCUUUUAAAGCCAUCCAAGUUGGUGGUCCUUGCCGCCUCCAGUGGCAGUGAGUUCCAAAGUCCAGCUAUUAUUAUCACUGUCGUAUUUGUUUAUAUCCUUCCUUUCCCCCAGCCUGGGACUCCCGCAGCUGUUAAACUGCUAAGAGAGAACCCCACCGAAUGUGGAGGGUUACUGCUGUCCCUUGGCAUUGCUGAUGGCAAUAACGUUGUGCUCAUUCACCCAAACGGGCAGCAAUAACAUGCGCACAGCCAUGAAUGCGCAGUUUUGCCCCCUGCGUUUAUUUUACUGCUCUCCAAAGACAAAUGCUCCUGCUUGCUCCCGAGUCUGGAGAACAUCUCAAAUUGGCCGGCUUCUCUCCUCUUUUCUUGGCUGGCUUUCCGAACUUUUCCUGUCCCGGUCUCCCAAUAUCUCAAUGUAAACACACACAAACCGGAUUCCUUUCGGGGAGCUGGCUGCACAGACCCAGCAUACUUUCUCUUUAAUCGCUGGAAAGGAAGGGAUAUUUCUCUCUUGUCUCUCUCUCUCUUAAUGCUGUGUUCAGGGGCUGUGUGUUUCCAGGAAACAACCGGUUGCCUUAAUGCCUGUGUGGACUGUGUAGAAAGAAGAAGAAAAAACCAGAACUGUAAAGUUGAAAGGGACCUUUGAGGGUCAUCUAGUCCAACCCCUGCAAUGCAGGAACUGCAACUAAAAAAUUGCCGUCAGGUGGCCAUCUAACCUCUGCUUAAAAACCUCCAAGGAAGGAGAAUCCACCACUUUCUGAGGGAGACCGUUCCCCUGUCAAACAGUUCUUACUAUCACAACGUCUAAAAGAUAUCGAGCAUCAGAACAACCUGGCCACUAUAAGGAAAUUCUGCCCUUGGUACGUUCAUUUUCCGCCUCUCCAUUUUGACCCCAUAUCUGCACAAACUUCUUAUCCCAAAAUACAGAAGUGCUUUUACACUUGCAAGACUGGAUGUUUUGCCAUCUGCGGUACUCGGGGGUCGAUUCCAAAAGAUUCCGCCUGAGAAACGUCUUUGCCCCUGUGGAGAUGGCAACACCAAAACAGCGGCACACAUCCUCCUGUCUUGCGCUCUCUACAAAGACCUGAGGAACGAGAUCAUCACCCGACUCGUACUAACCAUCCCAGGGCGCUCAACCACUGCCACAGUGUCCUUUCUCCUAUCAGAUGAAAAUGAGCAGAUAACAGCAAAGGUUGCUAGGUUCAUAGCAGGGGCAAUCAGAACAAGGGCCACUCAUGGACUGCUGAUUCAGGACUUUAAAUUGUGUUUUUAUAUCAAAUUUCCAUUUCUGCGUAUACUGUAGUGUUUUAUUGUUGCUGUGGCCAUUGGCUAAUGCGAUUAAAGUUUUUAUCUAUCUAAAAAAACCCCAAACAGUUCUUACCAUCAGAAAGUUCUUCUUACUGUUUAGUCAGAAUCUCCUUUCCUGUCAUUUGAAGGGGCGGUGGAGACCUUUGUCAUCGUGUAAAGUGUGGCAACGGAACUGCUGUCUCGUCAGAAGGAGGAGAAGGAAGGGGCAAGCCAGGGAAACGGAGUCCUUCGUAGAAUCAUAGAUUUGUAGUGUUGGAAGGGAUCCCUGAGGAUAAUCUAGUUCAGCCCUCUGCAAUGCAGGAAUCACAGCUAAAAAAAAAUCCCUGACAGAUUGCCACCCCAACCUCUCUUUGCAAACCUCCUUCCAAGGUAGUCCAUUCCACUGCCAAAUUGAAUUGAAUUUUAUUAUUACCGUCACAGACCAGUUCCGGCUCACUUACAAUAUCAGAAAAAUCAUAAAACACAACAGGAAUGCAUUGGAUUGCAAUUGGGUAUAACAGAGACCAUUCAGAUAUUGCGGCAGUUAAAAAUAUAUGUUAAAUCUUGAUCACUAAAAUAUAACCGAAAACUGUCGUUUACAACCUUAGUCAUUUUGGUAGUACAGCUUGUUCCCUGAGUUUUACGGCAGUCGCACAGAAUUUGGCCACCCUUAGCAUGAUCUCUAGAUCCUUGUCCUCUACCAGGAGUUUUAGACAUUGAAGUUCAGACCCAAUUGGAGAUUUUUUUUUAACAGGAGUGAUAAAUACCAAGCGUAUAACCCCGUAGAAACGGCAGCGUAACAAGACAUGAGAGUUUCUACCUCCAUCAAGUCGCUGGGGCAGACUCGUUCGAUCUAUGGUUUACCCUUGUAUCUGCCCUGCAAUAAGUCAGAUGGAAGCACGUAUCCACCACCUUCUGAGGGAGACAGUUCCACUGUCGAAUAGCUUUUACCACCAGAAAGCUCUAAUAUUUAGUCAGAAUCUCCUUACUUGUCAAUUGAACUCAUUGGUUUGGUUCCUACCCUCUGGGGCAGCAGAAAAUGAGCUUGCCUUGUCUUCUACCUGGCAGCCCUUGAGAAAUUUGAACAGUUUCAGCUCACUGUUGGAUUCCCAAUUCCAACAUCAGCCCCGCUCAAUGUAGCCUAAAUGGCAAGGUAUAAUGGAACUUGCAGUCCCGUAACAUCUAGCGGGCCACUCCGUUCCCCAGCCUGCUUUAUGUUGCUUGUGGACAUUCUGUGACAUCACUGCAUUGCAGCCAAUGGCGAGGCAAGGCAGUCAAGUGCUGCUUGUUUGUUUAUAAGUCAGCUCGUGUAGGUCUGUUGGUGAGCUAUCCUGACCCUUGCGAUGUCAUAGAAUGCCCACAAAUAUUCUGUGACUGAGCAGGAAAGGAACAGUCUUGAGGAGCAUAGGAAUCUCCCUAUAUAUUGAGUCAGAUCAUUGGUCCAUCUAGUCUGGUACGCGCAAAUGUUUCCUUUCCUUGGUAUUGGAGAUCCUUCCAAGUAAUAAUAAUAAUAAUAAUUUUUUAUUUAUACCCCGCCCUCCCCAGCCAAGGCCGGGCUCAGAGCGGCUUACAAGCAAUAAUAAAAACAAGAUAAAUGAUUACAACUUAAAAACAAAAAUAAAAUAUAACAUUAAAAUAAUGGAACAUUAAAAUAUUAAAAUGUAGCCUCAUCGCAGGAAGAGAAGGAAAACAAAAAAGAGAGGGAGGGAGGGAAUCAAAUUGGCUCCAAGCCAAAGGCCAGGCGGAACAACUCUGUCUUACAGGCCCUGCGGAAAGAAAUCAGAUCCUGUAGGGCCCUGGUCUCAUGAGGCAGAGCGUUCCACCAGUGUUGAAAAGGCCCUGGCUCUGGUUGAAGCCAAUCUAACUUCCUUAGGGCCUGGGACCACUAGGGUGUUGUUAUUUAUGGACCUUGAGGCUCUCCGUGGGGCAUACCAGGAGAGGCGGUCCCGUAGGUACGAGGGUCCUAGGCUGUGAGAUUGAGAUUGAGAUAGAGAUUGAGCGUGAUUGAAACUGGUUUCGCAUCCAGAUCUGGGAUCGCAUUUCGAUCUCGCCAGAUCUUCAGAGGUGAUCCAGUCAGUGCAGUUCAGAAUGGUUGGCGAAAAACAGCUCCUCCAUCUUGGUGACCGUCAGGCCAGAUUGGGUGCCCAUAUCUAGUAGGAAAAAAGACAUUGAAGAUACGUAUAUUUGCAACACCAGCUUCAAAUAUUGCGCACUUUUAAUAUUCAAAUGUCAAAGCUACAUUAUUCAAAUUAGGAUCCCUGUCUAAGGACCUUUUCACCUCAUUUACCGUUCAGAUGUUGAAAAGCAGGGCGGAUAGGAACCACGAGCAAACCCCUUCGCUUUCUGUUGGCCAACGCGGCUUUGCCAUACAGUGAUUCUUCCAUAUCCGUUAUCAUCUUCAUUAAAAAGGUUUGUAAAGCAUGCAAAGCAGGCAGGCUUAUGCAAACGAAGCAGUUUUGCUGACUUGCUUAACAAGGACUCCUCUUGGCAUUGACUUCAAACGGCCCUGAUCGCGGCUCUUGAGCAUCACUCUGUGUACAAGUCUGUACAGUAAAAAUAAAAAUUGAGCCCUCCAGUUGGCAAGUCUUAUCAAUUAAAUUAACACCAAUUCCCAUACCUUGCUUGGUACAGGGGAAAAUCAAGUGGUAUAGGACAAAAGAGAUGCUGGAGAUUUUUCAACCUGCCAGUCAUGAGGACUGGAAUUUUGAUGUUUCACAGAACGCCUCCCCUCUGCUUUCUAAAUCUCUCUUCGUCAUUUGAAAAUUGUCAGUGUGCAUCCUCAAUUUUUUGCUUGCUCCAAAAGCCUUGGUAAAAAAUUUUUAAGAAAAACUUUCCGCUGAUUCUCUUCCAUCUUGCCUACACACGUAUUCCUAAUCAUGCUUAUCUAUAUAGUUUCCUUCCAUCCUGCCUCUCCUUCGCUCGAGGCAGCUUGCAGAUCGAUAGAAACACAACAGCGAAAUCCAAUUAAAAAGCUAACAAACCCAGUACACCAAACCAAAUCCAAAUGUCAGCAAAUCAAGCUGACAUCAAGCUUGAAGGCCCGCCUUAAGUCUCAAACAGCCUUCAGGAAGCCAGAAGUGCGGAAUGUUUCUGGAGAUACUUUGGGAGUUUUUUUCUGUGGCUUCAGCCAGAGGCCACAGCAGAGAAGUCUCUGCUGUUCCACAGCAGCAAGUGCACCCAUUACAGAGCCACCAUCUUGGUCCGGGUACAAGGGUCCAGAGGUAGAUUUAGGGCAGUGUGACCAGUUUCCCCGCACAGGGUGCUGAGCUGAGGGGCCUUCUCCCCAAAGACUGGUAAGCUCUUUCUUUGGAAAGGAGGUGGGGCUCUGGCAGGGUCCUAGAGCCCUCCCAUCUCCUUCCCAAAGCCUACCGUAUUUUUCGCUCUAUAGGUCGCACCGGACCAUAGGACACACCGGACCAUAGGAGGGGGAGAACGGGGGGGGAUUCUCCCCCUCUCUGCUCAGCGCCCCUUCAGCGAAGUGGGAGGAGAAAUGGAGCCCCUUCCAUUUCUCCACCCGCUUCGCGGAAGGGGCGCUGCGCAGAGAGGGACAACUGUGCAGAGCCUCUCCCGCGAAGCGAAGCCAGGAGAGCAAAGGGGUUCCGUGUGCACCAACCCCUCUCGCUCUCCAGGCUUCUGGCGGCUAUCCGCAAGCCUUCAGAGCACAGCGGGAACUCCUGCUGCGCUCCAAAGGCUUGCGGAUAGCUGCCUGAAGCCCCUGGAGCACAGCGGGGGUUCCCUGCGCUCCAGGGGCUUCAGGCGGCUUCAGCGAAAGCAACGCGAAGCCUCCGGAGCGCAGGGGGAGCUCUCCCUCUGUGCUUCGGAGGCUUCGCGCUGCUAUCGCUGAAGCCAAGGAGCCUGCAUUCGCUCCAUAGGACGCACACACAUUUCCCCUUAAUCUUGGGAGGGGAAAAAGUGCGUCCUAUAGAGCGAAAAAUAUGGUUGUUAGUGCUUGCCCAGCUUUGGGAAGGAGACGGGAAGGCUCCAUGACCCUGCCAGAGCCCUCACACCUCCUUUCCCAAGCCCGGCACCUUGCUUUCCCAGCUUUGGAAAGGCACUGAGAGGGCUGAGAAGUGGGGCAUCAAAUUUUGGCUUCGCAGAGGGCGCCAUAUUACCAAGGUCCACCCCUGUUUGAGACAUCUAAGCAUGUGGAAAGAGUACAGAAAUCCAAAGAUAUGCUUAGGUCAGCUCAAGGCCGACGUAAGGCCAAUCUAAUAAAUAAUAACAAUAAAUAAUAAUACUAAUACUCUCCAAGAAAGGAGAUUCCGAUUCAACAUCAGGAAGAACUUUCAGACAGUAAGAGCCGUUUGACAGUGGAAUGGUCUCCCUUGGGAGGUUGUGGGUUCUCCUUCCUUGGAGGUUGUUUUUUUAAAAAAGAUUUAUUCAUUUUUCUUUUUCAUUCAUUACAUACAUCUCAAUUUCUUAACAUUUAUUACAUAUUCCUCCCUCCCUCCCCUCCAAGGCUUCCCCCAACUUCCGCUUCUGGUUUGUUUCUCUUUUCACCCACUUUGCUAUCUCCUAACAGAAAAAGUUAUUAAUAACAUAACAUCAAGCCUAAAAACCUAAAAAUAAAAGUAAAUACACUAUAAUAUUUCACUAUUUUCUAAUACUAAUAAUGUGAAUGUUUAUUUAAAUCCUGCCGUCAAGUCUAUUGACUUUCUUUGUUUCUGAAAAUAUAAUAUAAAUGGUUCCUAUUCUUUUUCAGAGUCUCUGUUGUCUUUUUCUCUUAGUCUAUCUGUCAUUUUUGCCAAUUCUGCAUAGUUCAUCAACUUCUCUUGCCAUUGUUCUUUCGUUGGUAUUUCUCCAGUCUUCCAAUUUUGUGCAAUCAACAUUCUUGCUGCUGUAGUGGCAUACAUAAAUAAAGUCCUCAUUUCUUUUGGUAUGUCUUGGCCUAAAAUACCUAGCAAAAAGGCUUCUGGGGUUUUUUUUACAAAACUUAUUUUCAACAUUUUCUUCAAUUCAUUGUAUAUCAUUUCCCAGUAGGAUUUUACCUUUUUACAAUCCCACCACAUAUGAUAAAACGUACCGUCUGUUUCACAUCUCCAACACUCUUUCUUUUUGUUUUUAUACAUUUUUGCAAGUUCAACUAAAUAAAUACCAUCUGUACAUCAUUUUCAUAUAAUUCUCUCUCAAUAACAUACAAUCUGUAAAUUUCAAAUUUACUUUCCACAAUUUUAUCCAGUCCUGAAAUUGUAUAUUGUGUCCUACAUCUUGUGCUCCUUCCUUGGAGGUUUUUAAGUUAAGGUUGGAUGGCUAUCUGUCAUGGAUGCUUCCCUUGAGAUUCCUGCAUUGCAGGGGGUUGGACUAGAUGACCCUUGGGGUCCCUUCCAACUCUGCAGUUCUGUAAUUCUAAGGCAUCAUGCAGCCUCUUGUGCAGGGCCUUAAGCAACAAUGCACUCCGUCUUCUGCCAGCUCCUGUGCCCUGGGGGGUCACACAGCAGUGCCCCUGCCAGAACAUCCUUUACAAGUUCAUCUUUGGAUGCAGCCCCUAUAUCUUCCCAGUGGAGAAUGCCAAGGACCUGCAGUGCAGAGGGUUAAUCUAGAUGAUUUUUGGGGGUCCCAGCUCUACGGUUCUCUGAUUCCGUGGACCUAUGUGAAAUCAAAACCCUCUGAUCUGUCAUAAAAGCCUAGUGAUGGGUCCAAUUGUCAUUCACACCCCAUAAUUUAUCCAAUUGACCUUUUCCCUAAUAAUCUUGUUAUUUUUUUCACCAUCAGUCCACAUGGGAGCUCCUCCCUUUUUGGAGAAAGAAGGCUGGAUAUUUAUAAAAACCCAUAAACAAAUGAUAGAUCAGUUCCAACAGAUGGGUGGGAUAUAAAUAUAAAAAUUAUUAUUAUUACUAAGGGGAGAUAGGGUCAUUUGAAGAAGGGUUAGGUGAAUUAAGAAAAACAUGAUGUGGCUCUGAUUAAUGUAGACAUUUGUUUUGAUUCCAGGCUAUAGAAAACAAUGAACGCUGUAAAGGCAAAAUUUGUAUUAGAGUAGAUUGAAUAUUAUGUUAAAUGGACCAUUCUUGAUCCUGCUUGUAGAAUAUAUUGUCUUUUAAGGAAAUGAAAUCUGAAUCUUGAAAUUCUGUUCAUUGUGGGGGAGGAGGUUUGUGUUUAUAUUUACUGUAUAACCACUGUUGUAUUGCAGUUUGGAAUGGGAAAUAGAAAACUAAUUUUUAACAAGAGAGGGAAACUGCUGGAUAUCAAGAGGAAGUUCAGGCCUCGGGAGCAGAGCGUGUUGUUGUGGUUCUGGGGGAAAGUCGUCCCCUCCAGAUCAAGCGUGCUGAGAAACCACAAAGUCCACCCUUUCUGGUUUUAGAGGUGCGUGGGGAAAUCGUUCACUUUCGACCGGCUUGGCCUCUUCCGCCCACCCCAGCCCCCCGCCGGCAAUCUCGUUCGAGCAAGCGAAAAGCUUCCCUCGCCAGCCUUGGUGUGGUGCGUCUGCGCCGGGAGAGUAGCCGGAAAAGCCGAUAAGGCUCUCAGGACAGAAGUCUUUGUCCUUAUCUCGGCAGAGCACAUGUGUGCAUCCUUUUCCUGUCCUCGGAUCGGGAGACGUAAACUGACCAUCUCCCGACAGCCGGGACUUCAAACGGGGGGCCGGAACGUCUGCAAGGCGGGAGGGUUUUUUUUCUUCUCCCUCCCACCCACCCCACGACUUCAGAGGCCAAAAUGGCAAAAGUAGGUCGCUUCUUGUUUUGGGAAGCAAUUCAGAGAGCUGGCCACGGAGCAGUGAGACAGGGUGGUUCUUUUGUUUUGUUUUCGCUUUUUUGAUCCCAUGAAACUUUCUGAUAAUAACAGCCAUGCCCGUCCAAAACUUUCUGCGUGUAUAUUUUAGUUUUGACCGGCGCAAAUCCAAAACGCUGCCUUGCUGCAGUUUGUUUUUAAGACGUUUCCCAGGAAGGAAAGUUAAGAAGGCUGGCAAGGAGAGACUUUAUAUGCCUUCGAUCUUCAGCUCAGAUUGUGCUUAAGAGAGAGGAGAGAGGAGUGUGAUUUCUUGGGAGGAGUUUUGCAGCAGUGACCCAGCGUUUAGGGACACUUGACCAUCGAGGUCGUUUGGAGGCAGCGCUGUUUCAAACGGCUGUCAGGAACGUGCCAAGGAGAGGUUGACUGGAGCCUCUCACCAGGGCAGGACGUCCUGGGUGCCAAACAUCUGAAAGCUGCCUUGCAUGGCAUUGGCACACAGGCCCCUUUAAUUAAUAAUAAUAAUAAUAAUAAUAACAAUAAUAAUAAUAAAUUUAUGUCCCACCCUCUCCAGCCGGAGCCGGGCUCAGAGUGGCUAACAACAAUGAAAGUAACACAGUUUACAUAAAAUCACAAUCAAGCAUCUGAAAGCUGCCUUGCAUGGCAUUGGCACACAGGCCCCUUUAAUUAAUAAUAAUAAUAAUAAUAAUAAUAAUAAUAAUAAUAAUAAAUAAUGUCCCACCCUCCCCAGCCGGAGCCGGGCUCAGAGUGGCUAACAACAAUAAAAGUAACACAGUUUACAUAAAAUCACAAUCAAGCAUCUGAAAGCUGCCUUGCGUGGCAUUGGCACACAGGCCCCUUUAAUUAAUUAAUAAUAAUAAUAAUAAUAAUAAUAAUAAUAAAAUUAUGUUCCGCCCUCCCCAGCCGGAGCCGGGCUCAGAGCGGCUAACAACAAUAAAAGUAACACAGUUUACAUAAAAUCACAAUCAAUUAAUUAAAAUACAUUCUAAAAUCAGUUCAUUCUAAAAUCAAUUCAGCGUCAAAUUAAUGGCAACCAUUGGGCUAGAGUUCUCUGAGGAUUACAGAAGGAGGGGGUCAGGCUGCGCCUUGGCCAAAGGCCUGGUGGAACAGCUCUGUCUUGCAGGCCCUGAGGAAAGAUGUCAAGUCCCACAGGGCCCUAGUCUCUUGUGACAGAGCGUUCCACCAGAUCGGGGCCACAGCUGAAAAAGCCCUGGCUCUGGUUGAGGCCAGCCUAACCGCCUUGUGGCCUGGGACCUCCAAGAUGUUUUUGUUUGAAGACCGUAAGUUCUUCCGUGGGACAUACCAGGAGAGGCGGUCCCGUAGGUACGAGGAUCCUAGGCCAUAUAGGGCUUUAAAGGUUAAAACCAGCACCUUAAACCUGAUCCUGUACUCCACCGGGAGCCAGUGCAGCUGGUAUAGCACCGGGUGAAUGUGAUCCCGCGGCGAGGACCCCGUAAGGAGUCUCGCCGUGGCAUUCUGCACUCGCUGGAGUUUCUGGGUCAGUCUCAAGGGCAGCCCCACAUAGAGUGAGUUACAAUAAUCCAGUCUGGAAGUGACCGUCGCGGGGAUCACAGUGGCUAGGUCAGGGCGAGAGAGGUAGGGAGCCAACUGCUUAGCUUGGCGGAGACAUUGGUGCGCCAAUGUCUCCUUCAGCCUUUGCCCACCUGCCUGCCCCAAACAUUUUGUACUAUGCCUUGUAGGAGGGUCCUGGGUUUGAAAAGGAGAAACCUGCCAGUCCUGCUAGCUAAGAUGCCCGGGGCUGAAGCUCUGCUCUGUUGGGUGCAUUGUGCUGCCAGCCUUGUAUUAUUUGCGGGGACCUACCUUCGUCCUGAUUUAGAAUUUCAAACCAAAUUUUCACAAAAUUAUAAAUAAACAAAAAAACAUAAAUCAUAACCUUAUUAAAAUUACUCUUAUUAACAUUGUUAAGUGACUUCUUCGCUUCCCCUUGGUUGGGUCUCAAUGCAUAUCCAUUUAACGGUUUCCCCAAUCAGAUUUCUUAUAAACUUAACUUAAUCACUCAACAUCACUCUAUUUUUUCCAUUCAAGAUUAAACAUAUUAGUUCAUCACUUAACUUAUAUAAAAUCCUAGGCCGAUCUAGUACUUGCAAGCUAUUUCCAAUUAAUUCAACUUAACAUAUUUAACUAAAUAGUCAUUAAAUUUCGAACCAUUCUUCCUGAUACUCCUCCUCAUUCUGGUCGCAGACUCUUCCGGUCAGGUCGGCUAGCUCUGAAAAAUCCAUCAUGUUCAUCUGCCAUUCUUCUACAGUUGGUAAUUCUUGUGUUUUCCACUUCUUAGCUAGUAAAAUUCAAGCAGCAGUUGUGGCUUUUUGAGGCAGCAUGGAAAUGGAUCACACAGCUAGAUGGAAUUCUUCUCUCUUCCACUCUUUGCAGGCCACUUUUUGGCAGCAGGUUGGGACUGCCUACCUGCCAUCUGGCGCCGGCAUGGGUCAAAACAAAACAAUACGUGGACAAAGGCACUGAGCACAAGUAGAACCUUCAGGAUUUGGCCGAUGGCUCAUCUGGUCCAACAUCCUGUCCUCGCCAUGGCCAACCAGGUGCCUGUAAACCCGCAAGUGGGAUUCGAAUACAAGACAAGCCCCUAAACUACUGGUCCUUGGCAUAAGGUUGUUGUUGUUUAGUCAUUUAGUCCUGUCCGACUCUUCGUGACCCCACGGACCAGAGCACGCCAGGCACUACUGUCCUCCACUGCCUCCCACAGUUUGGUCAGACUCAUGCUGGUAGCUCCGAGAACACUGUCCAACCAUCUCGUCCUCUGUCGUCCCCUUCUCCUUGUGCCUUCCAUCUUUCCCAACAUCAGGGUCUUUUCCAAGGAGUCUUCUCUUCUCAUGAGGUGGCCAAAGUCUUGGAGCCUCAGCUUCAGGAUCUGUCCUUCCAGUGAGCACUCAGGGCUGAUUUCCUUCAGAAUGGAUCGAUUUGAUCUUCUUGCAGUCCAUGGGACUCUCAAGAGUCUCCUCCAGCACUAUAAUUCAAAAGCAUCAAUUCUUUGGCGAUCAGCCUUCUUUAUGGUCCAGCUCUCACUUCCGUACAUCACUAUUGGGAAAACCAUAGCUUGAACUAUACGGACCUUUGUUGGCAAGGUGAUGUCUCUGCUUUUUAAGAUGCUGUCUAGGUUUGUCAUUGCUCUUCUCCCAAGAAGCAGGCGUCUUUUAAUUUCGUGACUGCUUGGCAUAAGGUGCUUCCUACCAAGUCAAGCCAUUAGUCCAUCUAGGCUUGUGUCGUCUUCUGGCUGCCAGGCAUCUUUCUAUAGCCUCAUUUUCGAGGGCCUUUCUCGGCCCUGCCAAUUGGAAUUCAUCGACUGGAGAUGCUGUUGUUGAAAGCAGCCCUGAUGUCUACAGACAAAGGAUGCACCACGGAAAACAAAGUUGUUAUUAUUAUUUACUAAAUUCUUAUAUUGCCCUUCAUCCGAAGAUCACAGGGCAGUUCACAAAAAAAAAAAAAACCACAGUGAGAACACAGAAUACAUAGUAAGGCAAAUAUAAAAGCAAAGCAAAGCCAUAGCUCCUCUCCUGCAUAACAUACUAUGAUUUUGAGGUUAUUGUUGUUUAAUAGGUACCGCUGCGGCAGGAAGGUAAAUGGCUUUGGUUUCCGUCACGGUGUCCCAUUGCACCAGAAGCGGUUUAGUCCUGCUGGCCACAUGACCCAGAAAGCUGUCUGUGGACAAACGCAGGCUCCCUCGGCCUGAAAGCGAGAUGAGCGCCACAACCCCAUAGUCACCGUAGUCACCUUUGCUAUCGCCUGCUACCAGAUCCUUUUUAAACUUGAGGCUCUAGGGGUUGAACUAGGACCCAGUAAGCAGGGGGAAAGAGCAGGUCCAGAUCAAAAUCAGCAUACUCUUCCUUACCCACCAAGACUGACGCGCCUGGGCACAAGCUGUCGGAUCGCAAGACAAAAGUUCAAAAGUUGGCCCAGGGAUGGCAUCGCCCUUGCAGAAUGCCCCGUGAGAACUCCGUGUCCCAACAAGCCCUUCUAUCUUCAUCACGGGCAGCCGGCUUGGCUCAGAUUUACGGCGCAUUUCGUCGGGACCUGCCGGCUUCCCGGCCCAGCCGCACCUCCGUGCAAACACGGGGCCAGGAGCUGCAACUUCCUUUUGGCAAGGGACACCUGCAGUGGGUCCCCCAGGGGGGGCGAGCCUGAGGGUGUGCUUCCCUCCCCUUUGGGACAGAAAAUACAAAUUGAGAACAGAAUGUUAUAACAGCUCGAGGUGCUUGUCAUUCUUGUAGCUGCUUAAGUCUGUCCCGUAACGCUGAUCUACGGCCCAGUCCCAGGGACUUCCGAGCAACACACAUGAGCAGCUCGAUGCAAUUCACUGCCACGAAACGUGGUUGAGCCUGGGGAGGGCAAAAGACAGGUGGGGACCUUGUGGCAGGUCUCUGGACGGUGUGAACACCAGACCUGCAAGGAUUUCCGAUGCCCAGCUGUUUACCGGGGACACCAGCAAUAUGACAGAGUUUUCACAUCACAGUAAACUCUAAUACAGUCAUACCUCGGGUUGAAUGUGCUUCAGGUUGAGUGCUUUCAGGUUGCGCUCCACAGCAAUCCGGAAGUAACGGAGCGUGUUACUUCCGGGUUUCACCGCAUGCGCAGAUGCUCAAAAUGAUGUCAUGCGCGGAAGUGGCAAAAUGUAACCCGCACAUGCGCAGACAUGCCGUCGCGUCUUACAUUCUAUUCAGGAUGCAAACGGGGCUCUGGAAAGAAUCCCAUUCGCAUCCCGAGGUACUACUAUAAAUGACUUGUGACGAAUGUGCAAGGGGCCCUUUUUUCCUAGCCAUCAGGAGCAGCGAGCCACGGGCCUUGCAAUUACAGUCAUCUCCAAACCGGGGGUUGUGGUUUGUUUCGCUUCAAGCCAGCUGCGAUGUUGAGACAAAGUGUGUACUAGGCUUAGCAGUCCCGGGUUUCUCUGAGCCAAGGGCCAAGCCAAGGAGGGGGAACAUCUGUCGCCCUCCAGAUGGUGUGGAACUAUAGCUGCCACUGGCUGUAGCCAGCAUGGCUGAUGAUCAGCAAGAACUGGAAUUGAGGUCCAGCAUUAGGACGUGCCAUUUUAGGGAGUGAAACUUAAUUUUUGCAAAUUUCUUCAGGGGUCUUAAAAAUAGGUUUUUGGGGUGUGGGGAUUUCAGACUUGCUAUGAUUUUUGUUGGGACGCGCUGUGGGUUAAACCACAGAGCCUAGGAUUUGCCGAUCAGAAGGUCGGCGGUUCAAAUCCCCGCGACGGGGUGAGCUCCCGUUGCUCAGUCCCAGCUCCUGCCAACCUAGCAGUUCGAAAGCACGAAGUGCAAGUAGAUCAAUAAGUACCGCUCCGGCGGAAAGGUAAACGGUGUUUCCGUGCGCUGCUCUGGUUCGCUAGAAGUGGCUUAGUCAUGCUGGCCACAUGACCCGGAAGCUGUACGCCGGCUCCCUCGGCCCAUAGAGCGAGAUGAGCGCGCAACCCCAGUGUCGGUCACGACUGGACCUAAUGGUCAGGGGUACCUUUACCUUUUACUAUAUUUUUGUAAAGGGACAACAUUUAUCUUGGUGAGUCUACGUUUGGUGAAGAAGCACAUAAAGUCCUGCAUGGGACAAUGACAAUAAAAAUAUCGUAUAUAUCGUAUAUCAUAUUUUUAAAAAAAGAAAACCAAAGUAUUUUAAUUUUACUCUCUGAAAGUGUCAAGAGCCCUGCAAAAGAAGGAAAACCACACAGCCAGCAGCUCUGGCUUACAACAUUUUGAAGCAGGUGAAGUAAUGUGCGUUACCGUCUAAUGCAGUUGUUCUCAAACAUGUCUUCUCUGGGCCACACUUUCAGAAUAAAAAUUGGCUCGCGCCAGACCAAAUUUUUUGGAAAGCGAAAAAGAACAGCCCCUGGAGGUGCUUGAUUUUAUACACAGAAUCCAACUACUUUAUAAAUAUGAUCGUGGGGCAUCCAGAAAGUAUAAAACAAUGCAGCUACCGAAGAACCUGAAUCCGGCCUAAAAUAUAAACAAGCCUCUUACAUAUGUACCUUAAGUAUGUAUACGAACUCAGCGAGAGGUGUGAGCUUUCUUUCACCGUGUAAUCUCAUUUAUGUUAGGUCUAAUUUGAGACAAACGAACUCUCGUUUCCUUAUCAACACAAAGAAGCCUUUCUCUUUUCUGAUCUUUCAUGCUUGUCAGAGUUGAAAAUCCCUGCGCACAACAACAGGUCAUGGAAAAGUAUGGAAGAAUAGGCAGUGCACUUGAAGAGAGGCUUGAGUACUGCUUCUGGUCGUUUAUCCCCCAAAAAUUACAGUGGUACCUUGGGUUACAGACGCUUCAGGUUACAGAUGCUUCAGGUUACAGACUCCGCUAACCCAGAAAUAGUGCCUCAGGUUAAGAACUUUGCUUCAGGAUGAGAACAGAAAUCAUGCUCUGGCGGUGUGGCAGCAGCAGGAGGCCCCAUUAGCUAAAGUGGUCCUUCAGAUUAAGAACAGUUUCAGGUUAAGAACAGACCUCCAGAACCAAUUAAGUUCUUAACCCUCAGGUACCACUGUAUUUUGAUACUAUACUACAUUGAUUGUCCUUGAAUCUUCCCACCUGUCCUGCCUCCCUCUCCUGCCACGCCUUUUGACAACCACUGCUCUGAAGAGAGGUGGGCCUCUGGAAGACCACUGCACCCAGAGUUUAGGGUAAAAGGUAAAGGUACCCCUGACCAUUAGGUCCAGUCGCGGACGACUCUGGGGUUGCGGCGCUCAUCUCGCUUUACUGGCCAAGGGAGCUGGCGUACAGCUUCCGGGUCAUGUGGCCAGCAUGACUAAGUCGCUUCUGGCGAACCAGAGCAGUGCACGUAAACGCUGUUUACCUUCCCGCUGGAGCGGUACCUAUUUAUCUACUUGCACUUUGAUGUGCUUUCGAACUGCUAGGUUGGCAGGAGCAGGGACAGAGCAACGGGAGCUCACCCCGUCGUGGGGAUUCGAACCGCCGACCUUCUGAUCGGCGAGUCCUAGGCUCUGUGGUUUAACCCACAGCACCACCCGCGUCCCUUAGGGUAGCCUUUCCCAACUUGGUGCCCUCUAAAACGUUUUGGACUUCAGCAUCCAUUGGUCCCAGCCGGCAGGUGAGAUGCUGGUGUAGGUACAUUACAACCGCAUCUUACAUAUGUUAUGGGAUAUACACAACCCCCUGCCUCGCUUGGAAUUUAACUUGUGCCAUUUCAACCAGCCAGAUGCCAGGGGCUGGACAGAGGAGGGCUGCUGGUUUGCAGAGUUCUUAGGCUGGAAAGGGUAAAAGCUAGGAAAUAUUGGGGGAGCCUGGGGAGCAGCAGGAAGAAGAAGCCCUGGGGGAGAGUGAGCUGGCAGACUCAGUGUCUUUGAAGAGCAUUCCUGAGCCCCCCUCUCCCAGAACUAGGCAGCACUGAGGGUGAUGGAACAGAAAAUUCAAAGGCAAAAAGCUCAGUUCAGCCGGCGCAGGAAUGACGUAGAACAAGGGUAGGCAACCUACGGUCCGUUGGCCGGAUCUGGCCCAAUUGCCUUCUAAAUCCAGCCCAUGGACAGUCUGGGAAUCAGCGUAUUAUUACAUGAGUAGAAUGUGUGCUUUUAUUUAAAAUGCAUCUCUGGGUUAUUUGUGGGACAUAGGAAUUCGUUCCAAAAAUUUUUUCCAAAAUGUAGUCUGGCCCCCCACAUAGUCUGAGAGACAGUGGACCGGCCCACAGCUGAAAAAGGUUGCUGACCCCUGACGUUGAGUAAGGGAGACGGAGGGGGGUUGGGCUUUACUUGGAGCAGCACCAUUAUUUAAUAGAGACUGUUCCUUUGUGUGUGUCUCUGUAAAUACUGAAUAAAUUACGUGGUGUGGCUUAAGCCACAGAGCCUAGGACUUGCCAAUCAGACUUGCCAGUUCGAAUCCCCACGACGGGGUGAGCUCCCGUUGCUCGGUCCCUGCUCCUGCCCACCUAGCAGUUCAAAAGCACGUCAAGGUGCAAGUAGAUAAAUAGGUACCGCUCCAGUGGGAAGGUAAAUGGUGUUUCCGUGCACUGCUCUGGUUCGCCAGAAGCGGCUUAGUCCUUCUGGCCACAUGACCCAGAAGCUGUACGCCGGCUCCCUUGGUCAAUAAAGCGAGAUGAGCGCCACAACCCCAGAGUCGGCCACAACUGGACCUAAUGGUCAGGGGUCCCUUUACCUUUACCUUUUAAGAACUCUUUUCGGUUAUCUGUUUGCCUGCCACCGAGGGAGGGAUCGUAAUUCCCUGAAGCCUUGACACCAGCCCCGCAAGAGCAUAUGGUUGAUAUCACGGCUAAAUGCAUGUGAGAUGCAAUGUUACUGUAUGGGCACAGGAGGUGCCAGUGGGUGCCGUGUUGGUGACCCCGAUUAGGAGGUCCCGACAUGGAGACCAGAGCUAUAAGGAAUUCAGGGCUACUGUCCGUAAUCUAGUUGCUGCCACACAACUGUUCUGCCACAAGGACGAACUGAAAGCUUACCUCCACCCCCUGGGCAAGUUCUUAGCUCCCCAGGCUUUGCAUCUGAACUUCCUUUGACACCGGGGUGCAAAAAACGAGGGCUCUGCCAACAUAUUCCUGGGUGAGCAACGGGCUGCGGGGGAGCCUCCGGGCUUUUCUCAUAAUCCCUGCUUCUCUCCCGAUUCGGGAUUCCAGCAAAACAGGAAAUGCCUGUUGCUUCCACCCUCCUGACAGGAUUGAUCGGGUUGUGCAGAGUUAAUUAAUUCUACCGGCUACCCCACCCCACCCCCCGCUCCCAAUUAACAAAUCUGCUUGUUUUAUUUCAUGACGAACCAGAUUAUUUGUUGUUCUUCCUUGAAGCUUUUUUCUUUUUUCAAAAUGAAAUAAAACUUUUGGCACAUAUUCAGAACAAGGAUGUUAAAAGAUUGUGGAUCUUCUUUUGCACAUAUUUAUAACAUGAAAUAAAAGUGGAAAGAGGUAUCUACAGCUAAACAUAGAGGAACAAAUUUGCAUACAGAGAUAAUAAAUUAACAUCACAAAUGGGUUUAUGUUAUCCUGUACCUUACUACUCCAGUACAUUUUAAAAAAAAUACUCGGUUUCUUAAUCAAUGCCUUGUUCUUGCUGCCUUUCUUAUGUUUAACCACGCAUACGAUGUCCCUGAUUUUAGUUAUCCAUUCUUUCGAGGAUGGUGUUCUCAGUCCCCAAAUAAUAACGCUGGCAGCAGUUAAGGGAUGUUGUGUUAAUUCCCAUUGAUGUCGUCCCCCCUUGUUUGCCUAAAUAAAUAACUAAACGGAUUGCCUUUCUCUAGUCUCCCUUCCCCGCCCUUCCCAGAGGGUAACCAACCAAAGUUCCCAGAGUUGCCAGUUAUUCCCAAUUUCAAAAGCCUAGUGCAUAGUUUCCUCAUCUCUCAGAAGCCAAGCCCUUCGCUUGUUGACACAGCUUCCUCCUAUAAUCUCCGCUGGAAUCCUUUUCCGUCUUCAGGGUUUUUCCAGGCUCCUGAUGGCAUCAUUUUUUCCUAAAGUCUUAUCUUGGCCAUCUCCUUUAACCCCAUUCUUUUUAUUUAAAAAAAAAAAAAUAGUUUUACAGUUUAAUAUUCCACACAUUUAUCAUAUAGCAGAGAAAUAAUAAAAGAAUCUAAAUAUCCCCCUACCCUAUGACUUCACUCAACUUACCCUUCCGGUUCAUUAAAUGUUUAUUACUUCUGCUUAAUUUGUUUCCCCCUAUUUCGUUAAUCUUUUAAUUAAAUGCUCUUACGCUAUAUUCUUAUCAUUUUUUUAAUACCAUAUUUUCUUUCCAAUUAUGUCUUACACUUAAUUAAUUUCCAAAUUGUUGUUUCUUAAUCUUUACAUCCUUAAUUGUAAGUGUUUACUCAAAUCCUGCCAAUGAGUCCAUUUCUUUACAGUAUUUCUGUAGAUACAGCAUAAACGGUUCCCAAUCGUCUCUAUUGUCAUCGUCUCUUAAGUGAGAGUUUCGCCGUUUCUGCGUAUUCCACAAGUUUAACUUGCCAUUCUUCUUUCGUUGGUAUCUUGUCGUCUUUCCGUUUUUUAACACCCCAUACUUAAACCACCCGACUAGGGGCCUGUUAGUGCAAAUUUCUUUUUUCUUUCUUUUUUACUUUUAAUUCUGAUUUUUCCUUCCUCCCCACCCCAUUUCCUCAAGCCUUCCCUUCUUCCUUCCAAAUACCCACUGGUUACUUGGCCAAAUCUUCUGGACAGAGCAGUCUGCAAAUCGAAACACUCAGCUGCCUAAUGGCUUCAUCAGAGGCUGCCUUUUACUGCUGGAGAAAACUGAGAAAGGCUAUUGCUCCCUCUCCAUUCAUGAAAUACCGUAUUUUUCGCUCUAUAACACGCACCCGACCAUAACACGCACGUAGUUUUUAGAGGAGGAAAACAAGAAAAAAAAAUAUUCUAAACGAAACAGUGGAUGUAUGAUUUUUGUGGUUCAUGCUGUGGCCACAGACAUGUGAUCUGACGGUGAGUUUGGAGUAGCCCAAUGCAAAAAUCCUGAGGAUCCAUGUGGAUCCAUGCUUUGUAACCACGUUUUUGCACCACUACGGCCCCAGGCAACAGUGGGUGCGUGAUUUUUUUUGCUGCAAGAUGUAGCCAUGGACAUGCUAUGUGAUCUGAUGGUGAAAUUGGGGUGACCCAGUGCAAAAAUCCUGAGGAUCCAUGUGGAUCUGUGCUUUGUAACCACGUUUUAAGUGGGGAGGGAAGGAAAAGCACUCAAGGGACAAGGAGCACACGUGGGGUGGGUGGAGAAGGAUGCUGCUAAUAAUGCAGAAGAGGGGUAUAAGGGGAGAAGGCUCCUCUCCUCUCCCGCUUUGCUCCUUUAAAGCAAGCAGGCUCUGCUUUUCUUCCUCCUCCCUGCUCAUCCCCGGCUUAGUGAGCUGAAAAACUUUGCUGCUAUGUAGCGAGCUGAGUGGGGAGGAGAGAGGGACAGAGAGCCUGCUUGCUUUAAAGGAAGGAACCAACCAGACAGGAGCCGCUUACACUCAUGUAAGCGGCUCCUCUCCUCUCUGUCCCUCUCUCCUCCCCACUCAGCGUCUCUUCUCCCGCUUUGCUGUUUCAAAGCGAGCCACGGAGGAGGGAAGGAAGGGGAACCAUGGAUCCUCUGCUCACGACUGCAGCAGAUUCCCCCCUCCCCCCGCCAACCGUAGGCAUUCCCUCCAUAACACGCACAGACAUUUCCCCUUACUUUCUAGGAGGAAAAAAGUGAGUGUUAUGGUGCAAAAAAUACGGUACCUUGCUUGUCUUGCUAGCAGACCAGCCAAAGGGAUGGUUGCCUAUAAGCAUGCGCAGAGGGCUCUCGCCACUGAGUCCCCAUUGUUGGCCCUAGUUCAAGUGAGACUUGGCAAAUCACUCUUGCGGACAGACAAUUGAUUGAUUGAUUCAUUGAUUGAUUGAUUGCAAUUAUACACGACCUUUUUCUCUCCAAGGAGCUCAAGGUGGUUUUCUCCCACUCCUCAUUUUAAUCCUCAUUUUAACAGCCCUGUUGCAGGGAUUAAAAUUUCACGAGGACGGGUUUCCUUUGACUUUUUCAUUAAUCCUUCACCAAGACGACCUCCUGUUCAGUUUCCUUUUUUUGAGAGGUGUGUUAUCCGAAACUUUACCUUGACAUUCCGAACCUUAAAACUGAGAGACUUAAAAAUUAAGACAAUAAUGACUUCAAAAAGGAUUGGGAACCUUUUAAGAUAUAUAUAUAUAUAUACAGAAACAAUGCAUUGAAAUGAACUCACUUGCAGGAUUUGAUUAAUACACUUGCAAUGGACAAAUACAAAUAGUAAAUACAAAUAAGAACUAAGAGACUCAGUACAGAUUAAGAAAUAAGUUUAUUUUAUCAUAGAAGGGAUACAAAACUAUAUGCAGAACAAAAAUUAUACAUUCUAAACCAGAAAGGGAAGUUGGGGGGGGUAUAUUGAGUAUGUAAAAUGUAAUUUGAGUUUCUUGAACAUUUUAAAAUUUGUAUAAAAAACUUAAUAAAAAUUAUUUUAAAAAAUAAAUUUCAAAACCAAUUGUUAAAAUUGUUAGAUUUUUUUUAACUCUGCACUGUUGCACACAGAUUACUCAUCCUCCUUGGGGAAAGAUGACGAUUCCUCAGCCUUCCGAGUGCUCAGUCAUGCUUUGACUUGAUCCAUUUGGCUGUGGGUCGAGACAAAAGAGAUCUUUGGAUGGGCGAGAUAGGCCUCUUCAUCUUUCUGCCUUAUCAUAAAACAGGCCCUUCCAUCCUUGGCUCCAGGUGUUCAUUAGCGUCUUUGGCCAUCAUCUCUGUUGCUUGCGCCUCAGCAUAUUUCUCUGUCUUUAGGAUCCCAAACAGCUACCGUGUCAGGAAAUGUUUCUUAAAAUGUGUGUCUCGUGUUAGCCAAAUCGCCCGUUCGCAAAGGAGGCUUCCUACUUUCUGUCACGUCGCUGCCAUUAGGUGUAAUUGGGUCACCUUUGCACGCUGUCAAAUGCCAAAACGCACAUCAGACUCACUUGUCCUCAGAGGAGACAUGCCCAGAACAGUGACUCAUGCAGAAACACACUGUGUAGACGCCUUUGAGCAGGCUGCCUAGGGGAGGCAGUGCAAUUAAUUAAUUUAUUUUUUUUCCAUUUGGGGAGCUGUAGUAAGUAAUUAAUGAUUUGAAAUAUAUACCGUAUUUUUUGCCCUGUAGGACGCACUUUUUUCCCUCCAAAAAUGAAGGGGAAAUGUGUGUGCGUCCUAUGGAGCGAAUGGAGGCUUUCGCUGAAGCCUGGAGAGCGAGAGGGGUCGGUGCGCACCAACCCCUCUCGCUCUCCAGGCUUCAGGAAGCUAUCCACAAGCCUUGGGAGCCCGCAGGAGUUCCCGCCGGUGCGCCCUAUGGGGCGAAAAAUACGGUAUAUUUUUCCUGAUUAAAUUUAUGCCCUGCUUUUCCUCGCAAAGGAGCCCAGGGCAGCAAAUAAUGAAUGAUAAUAAAGACAUAUUUAAACCGCCUUAGAAACAAUUCUGAUACAGAUGCGGACUGCGAAAGAUCUCAACUUACUAUUGUUAUUCUUAAUUAUUAAUUUAUACAGUGGUACCUCUGGAUGCAAACGGGAUCCAUUCCGGAGCCCUGUUCGCAUCCUGAAGCGAACACAACCCGCACCUGUGGGUCGUGAUUCGCUGCGCAUGCGCGUGACCUCAUUUUUGAGCAUCUGCGCAUGCGUGAGCGGCGAAACCUGGAAGUAACAUGUUCCGUUACUUCUGGGUCACCGUAGAGCGCAACCCGAAAACGCUGCACCCCUUUGUAAGUCACUUUGGGACUUUUUACACAGCAGACUGCUACUAAAUUGAAAUCAUCAUCAUCAUCAGAUCAUAAAUCAACAGGCAGUACAGCAAAGGAUUAGCACAUAACCAGACCUGAGCGCUAAUACCCCGAGACUGCCUGCAUGAAGUUUCCUCCAAGAAGAAGCUCAAGGUGCUUUUGUCCCCCGUUUCAUCAUUGCAGCAACUCUCUCAUGGGAAGAGCUGUUGGGCAGUGGAACGGACGCCCUUGGAAGUCUGUGGAUUCUCCUCCUCUGGAGGUUUUUAAGCAAAGGUUGGAUAGCCAUCUGUCGGGGAUUCUUUCGCCAUGAUCAUAGAAUCAUAGAGUUGGAAGAGACCACAUGGGCCAUCGAGUCCAACCCCCUGCCAAGCAGGAAACACCAUCAGAGCACUCCUGACAUAUGGUUGUCAAGCCUCUGCUUAAAGACCUCCAAAGAAGGAGACUCCGCCACACUCCUUGGCAGCAAAUUCCACUGUCGAACAGCUCUUACUGUCAGGAAGUUCUUCCUAAUGUUUAGGUGGAAUCUUCUUUCUUGUAGUUUGGAUCCAUUGCUCCGUGUCCGCUUCUCUGGAGCAGCAGAAAACAACCUUUCUCCCUCCUCUAUGUGACAUCCUUUUAUAUAUUUGAACAUGGCUAUCAUGAUUCCUGAGCUGCCGGGGGUUAGACUAGACAGCCCUUGGGAUCCCUUCCAGCUCUUCAUUUCUUGCCCAGCAUCCAGCAGGUACCAGCCAAUUUUCACCUGGCCAGCCUGCUUGGAAAUAGCCAUUUGCUGUACCUGCCUUGUUUCCAUGGCUCCCUCGCAGGGAACCCUUCAUGCGAGGCAUUCCUGGCACCGCCCCGUCUUUUCCCAGAUGAUUGAUGGUCUCCCACCAGUGUCCCCAAAACCGAAUGUGCGAGUUUGUUUGGGGCCUGACACUGCCUUUACCUGUCUCCAUGCCCCGCUGCCUUCAUGCCCAGCGGCCCGUGGUUAUUAAAAUUCCUCUUCGAUACAGGGGCCUCUGGCAGGCUUCCCUCUCUUCCAGGCCUCGCGGGUUUCUCUGAGCUCCAGUCUUGUGGCCAGGCCAGGUCUGGCGUUGGCUCGAAGGGAGUUAAAAGCCCUGUGUUCCUGUCAAAAACUGCUCCGCGCACCUCCUUAGUGGUAAUUAAUGUGUCUCUGGCCGGAUUUGCAAAGGCGACUUUGAAAAUGCAUCUUGGCCUGUACAGGUUGCUUACGUGUGUCAGAGCAGUCUGUGGAGGGAGCGAUCGGCUGGAGUUGGCAAAGGGGUGGCGGAGACAUUUGUCAUUGUGUAAAGUGUGGCGUCGGAACUGGUAUGCAGUCAGAAGGAGAAGGGAGGGAGCCUUUCAUAAAAUCAUAGACUUGUAGAAGAAGAAGAAGAAGAAGAAGAGUUUGGAUUUGAUAUCCCGCCUUUCACUCUCUUUAAGGAGUCUCAAAGCGGCUAACAUUCUCCUUUCCCUUCCUCCCCCACAACAAACACUCUGUGAGGUGAGUGGGGCUGAGAGACUUCAGAGAAGUGUGACUGGCCCAAGGUCACCCAGCAGCUGCAUGUGGAGGAGCGGAGACUCAAACCCGGUUCCCCAGAUUACGAGACUACCGCUCUUAACCACUACACCACACUGGAGUUCGAAGGGACCUCCAAAAGUAAUCUAGUCCAACCCCUGAAGUGCAGGAAUUACAGCUAAAGAAUCCCUGAACAACCACUGCUGAAAAACCUCCUUGGGAGGCAGCCCAUUCCACUGCCGAACAGCUCUUACUGUCAGAAAGUUCUCUCUAAUGUUUAGUCGGAAUCUCCCUUCUUGUAACUUGAAGCCAUUGGUUCGAGAGUGGGAGAAAACAAGCUUGCUCCAUCUUCCGUGUGGCAGCCCUUAAGAUAUUUAAAGAUGGCUAUCAUAUCUCCUCUCAGUCUCCUCCUAAACAUACCCAGCUCCUUCAACCGUUCCUCAUAAGGCUUGGUUUCCAGACCCUUGAUCAUCUUGGUUGCCCUCCUCUACACACGUUCCAGCUUGUCAACAUCCAUCCUAAAGGCAUCGACUUUCAGAACCUCAGGGACACAGGUGGCGCUGUGGUUUAAACCACAGAGCCUAGGGCUUGCCGAUCAGAAGGUCGGCGGUUCGAAUCCCCGUGACAGGGUGAGCUCCCGUUGCUCGGUCCCUGCUCCUGCCAACCUAGCAGUUUGAAAGCACGUCAAAGUCCAAGUAGAUAAAUAGGUACCGCUCCGAUGGGAAGGUAAACGGCGUUUCCGUGUGCUGCCCUGGUUCACCAGAAGCGGCUUUGUCAUGCUGGCCGCAUGACCCGGAAGCUGUAGGCCGGCUCCCUCGGCCAGUAAAGCGAGAUGAGCACCGCAACCCCAGAAUCAUUCGCGACUGGACCUAAUGGUCAGGGGUCCUUUACCUUCAGAGCCUCAGAAUGUUCCUGUACCUGGAUCAGGCCAAAGGGGACCACAUAUCGCCCAGCAUCUUGUUCUCACAACGGCCAACCAUAAGGCCAUGAGCAGGACCUGGGUGCUUCAUCGCUCUCCCUGCUUGUGCUUCCCAGCAACUAGUAUUCAUAGAAUCAUAGAAUCAUAGAGUUGGAAGAGACCACAAGGGCCAUCGAGUCCAACCCCCUGCCAAGCAGGAAACACCAUCAGAGCACUCCUGACAUAUGGUUGUCAAGCCUCUGCUUAAAGACCUCCAAAGAAGGAGACUCCACCACACUCCUUGGCAGCAAAUUCCACUGUCGAACAGCUCUUACUGUCGGGAAGUUCUUCCUAAUGUUUAGGUGGAAUCUUCUUUCUUGUAGUUUGGAUCCAUUGCUCCGUGUCCGCUUCUCUGGAGCAGCAGAAAACAACCUUUCUCCCUCCUCUAUGUGACAUCCUUUUAUAUAUUUGAACAUGGCUAUCAUAUCACCCCUUAACCUCCUCUUCUCCAGGCUAAACAUGCCCAGCUCCCUUAGCCAUUCCUCAUAAGGCAUCGUUUCCAGGCCUUUGACCAUUUUGGUUGCCCUCCUCUGGACACGUUCCAGUUUGUCAGUGUCCUUCUUGAACUGUGGUGCCCAGAACUGGACACAGUACUCCAGGUGAGGUCUGACCAGAGCAGAAUACAGUGGCACUAUUACUUCCCUUGAUCUAGAUGCUAUACUCCUAUUGAUGCAGCCCAGAAUUGCAUUGGCUUUUUAGCUGCCGCGUCACACUGUUGGCUCAUGUCAAGUUUGUGGUCAACCAAGACUCCUAGAUCCUUUUCACAUGUACUGCUCUCAAGCCAGGUGUCCCCCAUCUUGUAUUUGUGCCUCUCAUUUUUUUUGCCCAAGUGCAAUACUUUACAUUUCUCCCUGUUAAAAUUCAUCUUGUUUCAUAGAUAAUUGAAUCAUGGAAUGGUAACCCAACCCCCUGCAAUGCUCCAACAAGGGAGGUAGUGCACAGAUGUUGUAGCUAGUAUCCUCCAUGAAUUUGUCUAAGCCUCUCUUAAAUCCAUCCAAGAUGGUGACCAUCCAUGCCUCUUCUCCCUCCCCACGUAUACUCUCAAUGGCACAUCUGCCCAGUAAGUACAUGCCCCAGGAUGCAUUAUCUCUUCACUGUAUAAAUUUAUUAGUUUCCUUUAAAAUUAAGCCAAACCCCUGCUCUGUCAAAUACAAUUUUCCACUGCCUUUGGUCUCACAGGCCCUUUUCAUAUAUAUUGUUUUCCACGUUCACGUAUGAGGCGUUAUGCAGUCGUCUGCCCUCCUGGCACGGGACUUGGGAAUUAGUGUCCUAAUGACGGAGAAUAUGCAGAUUUGCUUCGUUAGGAGCAGAGCAGGGAAGCAGCUUCCUGCUAGACCUCCGCUCCAAAUCCCAGUGCGACAAAAAUAACAUUGCACUUGAGAUUCCAGGAGUGUUUCUUGGGGCACUUAAAAAAAAACUCUGGCUCAUACUCUCCUUUAGAAAAAGGAAAGAAAGAAAAGAUUUGCUUGGUCCCUGGGCUGGCCUGUGCCCAACUCUUAGGUGUAUUUGUGGUCACAGGGCUUUGCCCCGUGAAACAAAAGCCUCUUGCAAGCCUUCACUAACUUGGUGCCUUCCAUAUGUUUUGGGCUGAGCCUGAUGGGAUUUGUAGUCCAAAAGAUCUGAAGGGCAUCUGGUUGAUGAAGGCAGAGCGAUUAUUUUACGAGAUGGAAGAUGGAGCAAUCUUGUUUUCUGCUGCUCCGAUGUCCUUCACUGGAGGUUUUUAAAGAGAGGUUGGGUGGACCACCUCUCAGAGAUUCCUUUUUCCAACGAAGGAGAGUCCCUCCAGAGCAGGAGAAAACAAGCUUGUUCCCUCUUCCAUGUCACAGCCCUUCAGAUAUUUGCAGAUAUCUAUCAUUUCACCUCUCAGUCUCCUCUUACCCAGGUUAACAUCCCCAACUCCCUCAGCCGUUCCUCAUAAGUCAGUGAGAUAGUGUGGAUGUAGUAUUUAAACAGAUUUCUAUUUCAAUUCCAAAUCAGUGUUCACCAAUACCUCCUUCUGCUCUCCCCAGUCUUUUUACGUUAAGAGAGAGAGAGAUAAAACUUGAUUCGCAUUAGCCAAUGGCCAUAGCAAGAGUAAAACAUUACAGUAUACGCAGAAAAGGAAAUUUGAAAUAAAAGCACCUGAAUCAGCAGUCAGUUAGUGGCCCUUGUUCUGAAUGCCCCUGCUAUGAACCUAGCAACCUUUGCUCUUAUCUGCUCAUUUUGAUCUGAUAGAAGAAAGGCCAUUGUGGCAGUGGUUGAGCGCCCUGGGAUGGUUAGUACGAGUCGGGUGAUGAUCUUGUUCCUCAGGUCUUUGUAGAGAGUGCAAGACAGGAGGACCUGUGCCGCUGCUUCAGUGCUGCCAUCUCCACAGGGGCAAAGACAUUUCUCAGGCAGGAUCUUUUGGAAUCGACCCUCAAGAAUCGCAGAUGGCAAAACAUCCAGUCUUGCAAGUGUAAAAGCACGUCUGUAUUUUGGGAUAAGAAGUUUGUGCAGAUAUGGGGCCAGAGAAUCAAAAUGGAGAGGUGGAAAAUGAACAUACCAAGGGCAGAAUUUCCUUAUAGUGGCCAGGUUGUUCUGAUGCUCAAUAUCUUUUAGACAUUGACCAAUUAGACUGUUGACUUUAGUGGGGCCCUUUUUAUGUUAAUAUUUUACUGGAGCAGUAAGUCUGCCAUCUUGGAUUUAGCCUAAGCAGCCUGCUGAACUGAGAAAGCACUUUCAUUAUGUACAGCUCUGAGAAGGUUUUGUGCAGGGGAUAAUCAUUAAGGAAGGUUUAUAUGAGGCUUACUAGACUUAAAUAAUUGUAGAGUUAAAAGGCACACCAAGGGUCAUCUAGUCCAACCCCCUACAAUGCAGGAAUCUCAGCUAAAGCAUCUGUGACAGAUGGCCAUUCCAAAUCUCUGCUUAAAAACCUCCAAGGAAGGAGAGUCCACCACCUCUUGUGGUCGUCUGUUCCAUUGUCGAACAGCUCUCACUGCCAGAAAGUUCUUCCUGAUGUUGGGUCAGAAUUUCCUUUCUUGUAAAUUGAAUCCAUAGGUUCAGGUCCUGCCCUUUUGAGCAGCAGAAAACAAGCUUCUUCCAUGUGACAGCCCUUGAGAUCCAUGAAGAUGGAUCAUCUUCUCUCCUAUCUCAGCCUUCUCUUCUCCAGGCUAAACAAUACCCAACUCCCUCAACUGUUGGAAGGCAGUUUGGCUCACUGACUUCAUCUCUCUCCCCUUUCACUUCGCAGGCUACAGAAUCUCCAAAGGAGGACCAGAAAGAGGAGGAGGACCCAUCAGACGAAGUGGAUUCUGGCAACACCGUAACCAGUGCCCUUACCGUUCAGGAGUAUUUUGCCAAGCGCAUGGCCAAGCUGAAGAAAGCCCAGCGUGAGGAUGACUUCAGGACAGCUGAGUCUCCUCCAGCGAUGGCUGAGGAGUCGGAGUGUUUGGUAGCCCAGCCCAUGAAAAGAAAGUACCCCAAGCAUGGUUGUUCUGAAAGUGAGGAUGGCCUUGAAGGACCAGAGGCAAAAUGCCCCAGGGAUCUUGGCUCAAGUGAAGAAGUGGAGAAGCUCAACACCCAGAAGAAGAACAAGAGGAAGAAGAAGAAGAAAUCUAAGCACUCCAGUCCUGGCGGUGGCAGCCUUAGUUGCAACGGAUCUCAAAAUGGCGCCCAAGAGAAAGGAAGUUGUGGCUCAGGAACUUCCGAUGCAGAAAGCAAUGACUCAGAACAGCCAAGAGGAAAGAGAAAGAACAAGCGCAAGCUAGACAGGGAUGCAGGGGCAGAUGUCAAAAAAUUGAAGAAGAAGAAGAGGAAGAAGGAGACACUCUCCAGUUAACAGUUAAUACACUCUGCAGACUGUUGACCUGGUUGAAUUGUUGGUUUUUGGUUGUCCUAAUGUAUUAGCCAGGUGCCCCAAUGUUCCCACAUUCAUACAUAGAAGUAGGGAGGUUAUCUCUCCCUCUUUCUCACACAUGCACAAACACAAACCAUGCAUUGAAGGAACACACCAAGAGUUCUCAUGAAGCCACAUACUGCCCACCCCCUUCUGCCCUGCACAGUCACCUUGAAUUUUCGGCAGGUGGGGGUGUGAUAACCCCUCACCCUCUCAGGUUCGUUCAGCACAAAGGAGGGUCAUCUGGACCCCCUGUGUUUUCUGAAGCAAUCCUGGGCUCGUAUUCAUAGUUCCUUCCAACCCCCAACACACACACAAAAUCACCAAAAGGAAGAGGACCUUCGAUUCACCUUCCAAACAAGACAGUUAAAGUCAAAGGAGGACUGUUUCUACUCGGUUCUGGUUUUAUUCCGGGCUCGCUUGAUAACUUAAGAACCAAAUCAGCAAGCCUUCAAUCCAGUUGCUCCAGAAUCCACUGGUGAUUUCGGUGAAUCGAAUGAAUUAACAAGAAACUCCUGGAAAAGAAUAUCAGUGGUACCCUGAUUUCCACAUGUUGGCAGAUAAGUGAUAGGAUCAAUACAGGUGGUUGUUUUGGACACACCUGUCCUGCCAGUGGGUGCUGCAGGCGGUCACCUACCUGAGCAAGGUGGUGGUCCCCGUCUUCUCAGUGGACCAACAGUAACACCCCAGACAGCACCAGGUGACUGGAUGUUUCCACCAUUUGCAUUUUCCCACAAUGCCCCUGGAGGUACACUGCCUCCAGGGGAAUUGUGGGGAAUUGAGACAGAGGCUAGACCCAGCUCUUUGGAACCACAAUCUUUUUUUAAGGGAGCCCCAAGGCAGCCAUCGCCACUGGGCUCUGCCAGGGCACUGGUACCCCAACUUUGUGCCCUCCAAAUGUUUUGGACUAUAACGUCCAUCGGCACAGCCAUGUGACACGGCAGUGCUGGCAGGGUCUGAUGGGAUUUGUAGUUCUGGAGGACACCAGGUUAGAGAAAGGUGACCUUGGCUCUUUGAUUCUCAACACCCGCCAUGACUAGGAUUGUGUGUUCUGUUGCCUUUCAACACUCCUCCCAGCCUUUUCUCUUAAUUAUGAAAUGCCUUGAUUUACGACGCUUGGGUUGGCUUUUCCAGCUUGCGUAAGGACUCGCCAUGAUAUAGGAUGCCAUAGACUCAUUUGCUGCCACGUUGGCAGAAACCAAUCACCCUACCAGGCUUCCGGAAAAUGAUGUGAUGGCUAACCCAGGCGGCCUCUGUAACAGAGCCCCAAAGAAAUGUCCCUGCAGAGAUUGGACGGGGUGGGGUAUCUGUUAAUUAGUGGUUUGCAAAAAAUCAAAAACCUGCAUUCCUUAGGUUUUGUUGGCACACUUCCAAAGAGCAUCAGGCCUUGAGUGCAGGCAAUGAAUCACUGCUAGCAAAACUCUGCAUCGCUGCCUAUUAAUGCGUGAAUCCAAAGACGCCCUUCAGCCUUGGUUGCUAACUCCAGAUUGCCUGUUUGGGUAGUUGUGGGUUUCGGGCUCCCUUGCGAGCCUUCUAAAGAAUGAAAUGAAGCUUUGGGACGGAGGCCUUCUCCAAUGGAAUUUGGUGUGUGUUGGGUCGUUGUUGUUUUUUUAAGAAAUAAAAUCUCCCCCGUCUACACUUUGAUCUCUGUUUUGGUGUCUGCGAAGCUUCAUACGCAAAAUGCAAUUAUUUAAACAAAGGGGAGCGCCAAUCUCGGUGGAAAAUCAGGUGCGAGACCAACACGGUAAACAGAUCAAGCAAAUGGGGUGUGUAAGAAGCCUGUGGCUGGUUUGGAAAUGAUCGGAAGAUCACCGUAUUACUCGUAAUCCCUGCACACGCAUGAGUACAGUCUGCUCUUUCGCUUUGGCGCAUGAGAUCGUAGCAUUGCGGAGUUGGAAAGGACUACGAGGAUCAUGAAGUCCCAACUCCCUGCAAUGUAGGAAUCUUUUGCCCAACAUGCAACCCACGACCCACAUGCAACCCACGAGAUUAAGAGUCUCAUGCUCUAACCAACCAAGCUAUUCCAGCUGUUAAAAUACUUUCCUCCCUCACAUCCCAUGUUCAUCACUGUUUCCUAUCUGCUGCUUCCCUCUCGAGCAGCCAAAAUACAAAUUUGCUGUGGCCCGUCAUGCAUAACCAGGGAUCCCCAAGGUUCCCUAGGAAUCAAAAUUAUUCCUGCCGUGGCUUCCACAACCUGGUGCUCUCCAGAAGUUUUGAACUCCCGUCUGCUUUUGCCACCACGCUCCCUCCUGCCCCCUUUCUAGGCCAGUGCUUGCCACCUCCAAUUUCUAUAAGCUUGUACCAAAAGCAAUUUUGUUUUGUUUUUAAUCUGCGUACCUUUUCAGCACGUCAGAAAGGUGCAUUGGCUAGAUAGCUCCAUUGGUUAAACUAUGGUGCUGAUAAGGGCAAGGUUGCAGGUUCGAUCCCCGGAUGAGAAAGCUGUAUAUUCCUGCAUUGCAGCUGGUUGGACUAACUGAUCCUCAGGGUCCCUUCCAACUCUACAGUUCUAUGGUUCUAUGAUUCAGCCUUUCUCAACCUGUGGGUCCCCAGAUGUUGUUGAACUACAACUCCCAUCACCCCUAGCUAGCAAGGCCAGAGCUCAGGGAUGAUGGGAGUUGUAGUCCAACAACAUCUGGGGACCCACAGGUUGAGAACCGCUGCCUUCAAUGAAAGCACCUGACCAGCGCCUCCCCAAUAAAGGGUGGGCCCCCUGAUGACAUAAUAGGCUUAGUGGCCAAACAAAGCCUGGCCAAUUAGUGAACCAAUUUCUCUGCCUUGUUAUGUAAUCUGCCUGUAUCCCUUACCCCUUCCUAGGGCUCAAGGUAGAAACUCGUUUUUUAAAAAAUUUAAAACUGUAUGACAGAGUUGUAGAAUGAAAUAAAAACAGUAAGCCAUGACACAAAAUUACAAUCAUGCUUCACCAAAUAUACGGUAUUUAAAUACCCCACCUGUAAUGAAGAAUGAGAACUUUCUGACAGUAAGGGCUGUUUGACAAUUCUGCCUCUGGAAGUUGUGGACUCUCCUUUCCUUGAAGGUUUUUAAACAGAGGUUGGGUGGCCAUCUGUAAGGAAUGCUUUAGCGGAGUUUCCUGCAUUGCAGGGGGUUGGACUAGAUCAUGGAUAGGCAAACUAAGGCCCGGGGGCAGGAUCCGACCCAAUCGCCACCUAAAUCCGGCCGGCGGACGGUCCAGGAAUCAGCGUGUUUUUACAUUAAUAGAAUGUGUCUUUUUAUUUUAAAUGCAUCUCUGGGUUAUUUGUGGGGCCUAGGAAUUCGUUUAUUUCCCCCAAAAAAAUAUAGUCCGGCCCCCCACAAGGUCUGAGGGACAGUGGAUCGGCCCCCUGCUGGAAAGGUUUGCUGACCCCUGGACUAGAUGAAACUCGGGAGUCCCUUCGAACUCUACAGUUCUAUGAUUCUAUGAACCACUCUGCGAAACGUGGUUUUACAUGCAUUGGCAGGGGAUAUGGGGAGACCCCGUGUCAGAGCUCUUGUUUACCAUGCAAAAACAAACUGUCCCAGGUUCAUUUCCUCUCCAGGGUAAAGUUGCAAAAAACUGCUGCCAGACUGCACCGAUUGCCUGACCUGGCCACAUUCACACCAUGCAUUUAAGGUACUGUGAUACCACUUAAAACCAUCCUGGCUUUCCCCGAAGAAUUUUGGGAAGUGUAGUUUUCUAAGGGUGCUGAGAGUUGUUGUUGUUGUUUAGUCAUGUCCGACUCUUUGUGACCCCAUGUACCAGGCACUCCUGUCUUCCACUGCCUCCUGCAAUUUGGUCAAACUCAUGCUGGUAGCUUCGAGAACACUGUCCAACCAUCUCGUCCUCUGUCGUCCCCUUCUCCUUGUGCCCUCCAUCUUUCCCAACAUCAGGGUCUUUUCCAGGGAGUCUUCUCUUCUCCUGAGGUGGCCAAAGUCUUGGAGCCUCAGCUUCACGAUCUGUCCUUCCAGUGAGCACUCAGGGCUCAUUUCCUUCAGAAUGGAUUGGUUUGAUCUUCUUGCAAUCCAUGGGACUCUCAAGAGUCUCCUCCAGCACCAUAAUUCAAAAGCAUCAGUUCUUCGGCAAUCAGCCUUCUUUAUGGUCCAGCUCUCACUUCCAUACAUCACUACUGGGAAAACCAUGGCUUUAACUAUACGGACCUUUGUUGGCAAGGUGAUGUCUCUGCUUUUUAAGAUGCUGUCUAGGUUUGUCAUUGCUUUUCUCCCAAGAAGCAGGCGUCUUAAUUUUGUGACUGCUUUCACCAUCUGCAGUGAUCAUGGAGCCCAAGAAAGUAAAAUCUCUCACUGCUUCCAUUUCUUCCCCUUCUAUUUGCCAGGUGGUGAUGGGCCCAGUGGCCAUGAUCUCCGCCCCCUCC